UGCUCCGACCAACACGUCGGUUGCACGUACGAGUUUUGUGCGUCGCUACCACGUUUCGUCAUCGAGUGUCAGUCUGCUACACCUUCGGAGUGUUGUAGGUGCAGUGUUGUGACAGUGUGUUUUUAGUCAUACAAUCGGAUAGUGUAUCUCUAUAAAAUAACAUUGUCCUUUGCGUGCGGCUUGUUCUAAGGAGUCACUUAACGGCUGUUCGCCUAGCGAGGGAAGGCGGAUUGCUUGCACCGGGAGGAAUGAGCCCCGUACAUUACUGCUCCCGCACUCACCGAUGAUCUCAAGGGACAAUGUAUAUAGAAACCCUACCGCUCGUGGUUUGGACGCUCUUACUAACAACGACACAUGUAGCGACGCAAAACCAAUAUGGAAUAGGCUUAGGAAUAAAACGAGAAGUAUUUUUCUUAAAUUUAGAAGACGGUUACUUCGGUUGCCAAGUAAACGAAUCGACACAAAUAUUGCAAUUGUAUGAAUUAUCUAAACUAUGCGACGGAGUGCCUGAUUGUUAUAAGGCAUCCGAUGAACUUAGAAAAGAAUUAAAAUGCUCAGAUGAUUGUACCAAAGACGACGGAGCGCAAUGUAUUAACGGUGCCUGUCUCAACGGUGUUUGCUACUGUAACGAUGGGUACGGUGGAUGUAACUGCCAAGAACUUGAUGUGAACGAAUGUAAGGAUAGGCCGUGUGAUGUAUUCGCUCACUGUACAAACACCGUUGGUAGCUUCCAGUGUUCGUGUUUCCCAGGAUAUGUGGGAGAUGGUUUUACUUGUAAAGACAUAAACGAAUGCGAAGAUCCAACAAUCGCUGGACGAUGCGUAAAAAACGCUGAGUGUUGUAACCUGCCUGCUCAUUUUAUUUGCAAAUGUAACCGAGGAUUUGAAGGCGACGGCGAAGAAGAGUGUCGAGAUAUCGAUGAGUGUCAACGACCUGGUGCUUGUGGUACAAAUGCGAUUUGCCAAAAUUACCCUGGAAACUACACUUGUGCUUGUAAAGUGGGCUACACGGGAAAUCCUUUUGAUGGGUGCGUCGACGUGGAUGAAUGCGACAACAGUGAGGCUUGCGGCUCUGGUGCUUUGUGCCGUAACGUGGAGGGUGGAUACGAGUGCAGCUGCCCACCUGGGAGCGAAGGCGACCCGCGCGUUGCCUGUUUCGACAACGACCAAUGCUCACGUUCUCCAUGCGGCCGCGAUGCUCUUUGUGAGAAUCUAUCUGGCGCCCAUCGCUGUUUCUGCCCACCAGGUUUUCAAGGAGAUCCCAACGUGCAGUGUACCGAUGUAGAUGAAUGUAAGAAUAGCGAGUCCGUUUGCGGUAAGCAUGCUGUGUGCACCAACACUGUCGGCAGCUAUGCGUGUACAUGCAAGCCCGAGUAUACAGGAGAUGCACGAGCAAUUGAUGGUUGUUACGAUGUCAAUGAAUGUGAAAUAUUGGAACAUCCCUGCGGCUUGCAUGCGACAUGUGAGAAUACUGAUCCAGGAUAUAACUGUGUCUGUCCUCAAGGAUUUCGUGCUAAACCAAAUCCUCAAAUUGCAUGUGAACAGGUGGAUGUGAAUAUUUUGUGUAAAUCAAAUUUUGACUGCACUAAUAAUGCAGAAUGUAUAGACAAUCAAUGUUUUUGUAAAGAAGGCUUCGACGCAAAAGGAUCAGUUUGUAUUGAUAUUGACGAAUGCAACAAUGUUACAAAAUGUGGACAAAAUGCGAUAUGUGUAAAUACACUAGGAAGCUAUAAAUGUGAAUGUGAAGAUGGUUACAUAGGCUCUCCUCCAAAAGCUGCAUGCCGAGCACCAUGUGAAGAUGUACAAUGUGGUGAACAUUCUUACUGCAAGUCAGUUGGCAUAGAGGCUUAUUGUAUGUGCGAAGACGGGUGGACUUUAAAUCCCAAUGACAUAUCCUCUGGUUGUCAAGAUGUUAAUGAAUGCGAUACUUCGCUUGGAUUUGCAGGAAGAUGUGGCCAUAAUGCUCAUUGCUCAAAUACUUUAGGAAGUUUUAUUUGCAAUUGUCCAGAAGGUUAUACUGGUGAUGCAUACCACGAAUGUUUAGAUAUUAAUGAGUGUUUGAUAGAUAACUUAUGUGGUGUAGGAGCAGAUUGUAUCAACCACGAGGGCUCUUUCGUAUGCGAAUGCCCAGAAGGUACCAUAGCCGAUCCUGAACCUAGUAUAAGAUGUUCUGAAAUUCUUACCUGCGAAACGGAAAAAGAUUGUCCUGGAAAUGCUAUAUGUAACUCAAGAAAGAAGUGCUUAUGUCCAGAACCAAACAUUGGAAAUGAAUGUAGACAUCCAUGUGAAACUGUCAAAUGUGGAAGUAAUUCAGAAUGUCUCUUAAGUGACUAUGAAGCUCAAUGUACAUGUCUUACUGGAUUUACAGGAAAUCCAUUGUCUUCUAUUGGAUGUCAUGAUAUUAAUGAGUGUCAAAUGAAUCCUUGUGCAAUAGGAGCGGUCUGUAAAAAUUUUCCUGGUUAUUUUCAAUGCGAAUGUCCCAGUAAUUUCAGUGGGGACCCGUAUAUAGACGGUUGCACAGUUAACACAAUAUCUAGUAAAUGUAGUAACAUUAAUCCAUGUCCACAUGGCGAACAGUGUAUUUUGCACGAGGGUGAAAAUGUUUGCGUAUGCACUCAAGGUUUUUCUCGUAGCAUUGAUACAGGUCUUUGUGAAGAUAUUAAUGAGUGUACGCAACUGGGUAGAACUCCGUGUGGAUUAAAUGCUAUAUGUAAGAAUUUACCUGGCAGUUACGAAUGCAAAUGCCCGCCUGAAUAUAGUGGAAACCCAUACAAACUUUGCGAAAUUUGUGAUGAUAUCAGCUGUCAAUGUCAACCUCCAUAUAAGAUUAUUGAUGGAAAAUGUGUCUUGUCAGGUUGUUCACCUGACAAAAAAUGUGGUAAAGGAGCUGAAUGCAUCAUUAUUGCGGAUGGAGUUAGUUACUGUGCUUGCCCUGUGGGAUAUUCUCAAAGCAUUGAUGGUUCAUGCGAAGACAUUAACGAAUGCAGUUACGGACAACAGAUCUGCGGAUUUGGAGCUGAAUGCAUAAAUACUAUUGGAUCUUACAUGUGUAAAUGUCCACCAGGUUAUGGUAAAGAUUCCAUAUCGGGCCACUGCAGUUUAAAUCAAAAGCAAUGCAUUAGUGACUCAGAUUGUUUCGCUAAUGAAAAAUGUGUCCAACCAGGAAACUGUAUAUGCCCACCACCUUUUUAUUUAGAUGUAACAGAUGGUCAAAAAUGUAAAAGUCCAUGUGAAAGAUUUGUAUGUGGUAUUAAUGCGAAAUGCACUCCCAGCGAUCCUCCAAAAUGUCUGUGUAUGCCUGGUUUUGAAGGAGAUCCUUAUACUGGAUGUACGAAUAGAAAUGAAUGUGACAGUGCACCAUGUGCCUAUGGCGCGAUUUGUCACGAUGAAAAGGGUGGAUAUACAUGUAGCUGCCCCGACAAUAUGGCUGGAGAUCCGUAUAAAUUAGGAUGUACUGAAGAACAAGGUAUUUUACCGAAGCAGCUAUGUGGUAAAAAUAGUCAAUGUCCCAAUAACCUAGCAUGCUUGAACAGUACCUGUGUAUCUCCAUGUACGAAAGUAUCUUGCGGGCCAAAUGCUUUUUGUGAAGUAGAAAAUCAUGCAGCAUGGUGUCGUUGUAACCCAGGAUAUACUAAACCAGAAGGUGGAAAAUGUAUUUCUGGUUGUGAUCACUACUCUUGCGCUCCUGGUGCACAAUGUAUCAUAUCAAAGACAGGACCAACCUGUGUUUGUCCAGAAGGAAUGGUAGGGAACCCUUUUCCUGGUGGUACUUGCAGAAGAGAUGUUUGUGGACCUGGAGUUCCUUGUGAAGAACCAUUAACAUGUAUAUCAGGGCGAUGUAGACAACGUUGUGAAUCAGAUGUUUGUGGUAUAGGCGCAUCAUGUGACGAGAAUAGUGGACGUUGCGUUUGCAAUACGUUCUUUGUCGGAAAUCCAGAUUUAUUAUGUAUGCCACCCGUUGCUCCUCCGAAUUGUGAGCCACAAUGUGGACAAAAAGCACAUUGUGUGUAUGGUCAGACAAAUAUUUGUAAAUGUGACAAAGGUUUUACGGGAAAUCCUUAUCAUGGAUGCGUUCCACGUAAACAUAUAACUUGCGCUACCGCUUCUUGUGGCUCAAACGCGGUGUGCCAGCAAACUAAAUCCCAUGUUGAAUGCUUGUGUCCUCCAGGUUAUGUGGGUAAUCCAAAUUUAUUGUGUAUUGAUAUUGACGAAUGUAGAUCAAGACCUUGUGCUGAGCAUGCAAUUUGUAUUAAUACUCCAGGAAGUUAUAGUUGUAUUUGUAAAAGUAAAUAUGUUGGCAAUCCAUAUGAAUUAUGCACCCAGCUUUCAAUUUCAAAAUGCUUAGAUGGAUCUGUUUGUGCAUGCUCUAAAAAUACAACAUGCCCCGAAGGAUACAUUUGUGAAAAUUCUAAAUGCAUUGAUGCAUGUAACUCAAAAAUUUGUGGACCCAUGUCGAUUUGUGAAGAAGGUAACUGUGUUUGUCUGACGGGUUACACUGGUGAUGCAAAUGAUGUAAUUCAUGGUUGCAAGCCUGAUAAUAGAUGUGUAAUUGAUAGUGAUUGUAAAGAUUCUGAAAUUUGUUUUCAAAUAGGAAGAAAUAUACGUAAAUGCGUUGAUUCCUGCAGUAAAAUUCAAUGCGGACCAAAUUCUUUAUGUGUCAGUAGUAAUCAUCAAGCUCAUUGCAUUUGUGCAGAAGGGUAUGUUGGUAAGCCAAGCGAUAUAAAGUCUGGUUGCCACUUACAACAAAGGGAACCUAGUGAAGUCGAAUGUAAUACCAACAGCGAUUGCGCAGAGCCAUUAGUCUGUGUUUCUAUAGAUGAAACUACACACAAAUGCCUCGAUUUAUGUUCUACGAUAGUGUGCAGUGCAAAUGAAAUUUGUAAAGUUAUAAAUAAGAAUGCACAAUGUGAAUGUAAAGAUGGAUUUCUCUGGGAUCCAGUGAAUUCUGUCUGUGAGCAGCCUACGACUCCGAACUGCGAAACUGACGAUGAUUGCGAAGAUAGUAAAUCGUGUCAAAAAGAUGUACUUGGGGUGAAUAAAUGCUUUGAUAACUGUUUAAUAUUUAUGUGUCCGCAAAAUUCUAAGUGCGUAACAAGUAAUCACAAAAGUCAAUGUCAAUGUUUGACAGGAUUUAUAGGAAAUCCCAAUGAUCGCGAUGGUUGUUUACCAUUGGAUAAAAACGAAUGCUUUAAUGACGCUCAGUGUAAGGAAAAUGAAAUAUGUAAAACAGUAGGAAACCUAAAAAAAUGUAUACCAGCUUGUCAACAACUAGUUUGUGGACCAAAUACAAUAUGUAUUACAAAUAAUCAUGUUGCAAAAUGUCAAUGCUCAUUAGGACCAUUUACUGGAAAUCCCAAUGAUUUAGAUAAAGGAUGCCAAUCUGUCCCCUGUGUGUAUAAUAUCGACUGCUUAGACCACGAACUAUGUAAUCGUAUGACACAUAAAUGCAUAAACGUUUGUACUGAGGACAGUUGUGGAGAAAAUGCAGUAUGUAUAGCAGAAAACCAUAAAUUCAAAUGUCAAUGUUUAACGGGUUAUUUACCUAACCCUUUACCUGAAAUAAGUUGUAAAAAAGUGGAAAUGUGUAAUCCUAAUCCUUGUCAUCCUUCUGCUCAUUGUGAACCUCUACUUUCCACAUAUAUUUGCAAAUGUCCCGCCGGCUAUGUCGGUGACCCGAUAAAAGAAGGAUGCAGAAAGCAGGGCGAAUGUCCAAGAGGUAAUAUUGAUUGUCGCCUUGACUCUACUUGUGUUGAAGGUCGUUGCGUCAACCCAUGUGAUGGGGCUUGUGGUAUAAACUCCUUAUGUAAAAUAGUAGAUAGGAAAGCUAUUUGCUUAUGCCCUGAAGGUUACGAAAAUUCACAAGACGGUAAAUCGUGUAAGAAAAAAAUAAUAGCAUGUCUUAGCAAACUGGAUUGCAAUGGAGAUGUUUGUCACAACGGUCAAUGCUUUUCAGCAUGUAGAAAUACUAGUCAUUGCGAUCCAGGAGAUUUGUGUAUUAAAAAUUACUGCGUAACGCAAUGCAAUACACAUUCGCAAUGUGGAAUAGGUCAAGCCUGUGUUGAAGGUCAAUGUUUAAUUGGAUGUAGAAAUAAUGAAGAUUGCCCUAAUGAUGAGUCAUGUAUAAAUAAUAAGUGUGUAAAUCCGUGCCAGGCUAUAAGAACAUGCGGACCGAACGCAAUAUGUAGUAGGAUUAAUCACAGUACGAAAUGUGAUUGCCCUCAAGGAUUUGAAGGGUCACCGACACCUCAACAAGGUUGUAUACGCAAGCCAGCAGCAUGUACGCGAACAUCACAGUGUCCUCCGGAUCACAUGUGUAUUGGCUUUCUUUGCCAGGUUCCUUGUCAGGAGCAUUCAAACUGCGCUAUAGGAGAAAAAUGUCAUGAUAAUAAAUGUCACAAAAUAUGUCAUACUAGUAGCAACUGCUUGCACGGAGAACAUUGUAAUGCCGGAAUAUGUAUACCUGGAUGCAAAAGUAAUGCAGACUGUCUGGAUAAACAAAUUUGCAUUUCUAAACAGUGCAAAUGUGAGGAAGGAUUUGAAAUGGUAAACGGUGAAUGUUUAAACAUUGACGAAUGUGCCAACAAUCCCUGUCAUCCAUCUGCUGAGUGCCUAGACUCUGCAGGUUCCUUCAAGUGUGUUUGUCCUACAGGAGCAAUUGGUGAUCCUUAUAAGACAGGCUGCUUAUUACCAAAUCAAUGUAGGCAGCAUAGCCAAUGUGAGGAUUCUCUUGCUUGCAUCAGAGGAAAAUGUUCAAAUCCUUGUGACAAUAGCGUUUGUGGCUUAAAUGCUAUAUGUAAAGUAAAGAAACAUAGAACAACUUGCGCUUGUGGGAAGGGACAUCUUGGAAAUCCAUUUGACCAAAAAGUCGGUUGCUUUAAAGUUGAAUGUAUAGAAGAUUCAGACUGUUCUCAAGAUAAAUAUUGCAACCUUCAGAGUAAUAAAUGUUCUGACAAAUGUGGAGAAAAUACUUGUCAAGGUGGAAUUUGUAAUAUAGAAGACCAUAAGAUGAACUGUGUGUGUGGUGUGGGUUUUGCCUUAAUGGGCGACAAAUGUGAAGAUAUAAACGAGUGCCUCAAAAAUCCAUGCCCUUUGAAUGCAAACUGUGAAAAUACAUUGGGAUCUUUUAAAUGUAUCUGCGUUAAUGGUACUGUUUUAGAGCAAACAAGUGGAAAUUGUAGAAUACCUGGAGAAUGUUCAAAUGACGAUGACUGCUCCUAUGAAACAAAAUGUCAUAAUAAUCGCUGUACCAAUCCAUGCGAUAAAUUAACAUGUGGUGUUAAUGCUGUUUGUUCAGUAUUUCAUCAUGAUCCAAUAUGCGAAUGUAAACAAGAUAGUCAGGGCGAUCCAUAUAAAGAAUGUAUAAAACUCCAGUGUGUAAAAGAUUCUGAUUGUUCAUACGAAGAAGCAUGUACUAAUAAUAUAUGUCAAAACUCAUGUAAUUUACCACGUGCGUGUGGAAAAAAUGCUAAUUGCUUAUCUAGAAAUCAUAUUGGUCAUUGUUCAUGUGCGUCGGGCUAUACGGGUGAUCCCGUACUUGGUUGCGUACCUAUUCAAUAUUGUUCAGACGACAGCCGAUGCUCAUCAGGCACUAAAUGCCUUGAUAACUUAUGCGUUGGUGUAUGUCAAAACUCGCGGGACUGUUUUGAUGAUCAAACUUGUAUUCAGGGAACUUGUCGAAUGACGUGUAUCUCGAACAGUUCAUGUCCCGAUUCCUAUUUUUGUGUAAAUAGAAUAUGUACUAAAGACAUUAAAUGUAGUUCCAAUGAUGAUUGUUCUGAUGAUGAACAAUGCCAACAGGAUAUUAAUGGCAUACCAAAAUGUGUUAAGUUAUGUGAAAAUCAGCCCUGUGGAAGAAAUGCCUUCUGUACAGGUAUUACUCAUAAGCCUAUCUGUACGUGCGUGGAGGGUUUUCUGGGUGAUCCCAUAAAAGGAUGCGACAAGAAGGAAUGUGAUAGUGACACAGAUUGUAGUGGUGAUAAAUACUGUGACAAUAAUAUAUGUAAAAUUGCUUGUCUAACCAAAAAUAAUUGUGGAGAAAAUUCUAUUUGUUCUUCUGAAAAUCAUAAACAUAUAUGCUAUUGUCAACCCGGUUUUACUGGAGACCCUAUUAAAGGAUGUACUGAAAUUAACCAGUGUGAAAUAAAACCUUGUGGAAAUGGAGCUGAAUGUAUCAGCACAAGAAGUAGCGCAAAAUGUGUAUGUCCAGAAGGUACUGUUGGAAAUCCAUAUGAGGAAGGCUGUCGCAAGUCUUCUGAAUGUAGAUUUAACAGAGACUGCCCUGCUGCUGCUCGUUGCACAGUUAUUGAUGGUAUAAGAAAAUGCACCGAUGCUUGUGAAAAUAUCAAAUGUGGACAAAAUGCAGAAUGCGUUUCUGCUAGGCAUUCUGGUCAAUGUAAAUGCAAAGAAGGAUAUGUAGGCAAUGGUGUUACCGAAAAAGGUUGUCGCCUUCGUGAAGUAGCUUGCACUAGUAAAUCAGAUUGCUCUGAUGAUCAAUACUGUCACAAAGGAAUAUGCCAAGGACUCUGUAUUAUUGACGAAGAGUGCGAAUUAAAUGAGAAAUGUUAUAACGGCCAAUGUUUAAAUCCUUGUCAAAUGGAAAAGACUUGUGGACUGAAUGCAAUUUGUCGUACGGAAAAUCAUAUUGUACAAUGUAAUUGUCCUAACAGUUUUACUGGUAAUCAAGACGUGGAAUGUGUACGCAUUCCUAGGCUAUGUGGGGUAGUCGGAGAAUGUGAAGACGGUUACGUUUGCAAAGAUUCUGCUUGCGUUCCUCAGUGUAAUCAUAAUGAAGAGUGUGCUGUUAACGAAAGAUGCUCUCAAGGAAGUUGUUUGUUGACAUGUCGUGUUGAUAAUGAUUGCUUCCUUGGACAUAUUUGUUUAUCGAACAGCUGUCGAUAUGGAUGUAGACAGGAUGACGAUUGUAGACAAGACGAGGUUUGCAAAAAUAAUUAUUGUAAAAAUCCUUGUGCCAACGAUAUUGAUCCUUGUGGACCAAAUGCGUAUUGUUCCGUCGUUAAUCGGAAAGCUGUAUGUUCCUGUUCCGAAGGUUUAAUACCCAAUCCCACGCCCAAUAUUGGCUGUAUUCGUUCACUAUCUCUUUCUUGCCAAAGACAUUCUGAUUGUGGGGAAGGUUUGAGGUGUGAAGAUAACCGAUGUCGACCAGCAUGUACAACUGAUGGAUCUGAAUGCUUAGAAGGAGAACGCUGCAACUCAGGUGUGUGUCGAUAUGCUUGUACAUCAGAUGCACAUUGUUCUGAAGAUGAAGUUUGUGAUGGGCGUAUUUGUGUGACUGGCUGCAGAACGAAUUCACAUUGCCCCAGUCAUCUUGCUUGCAUGGCAGGACAGUGUUUAGAUCCAUGUACAGAACCAGGCACAUGCGGAGUAAAUGCCUUGUGUGUUACUAAAGAUAAUAGGCCUGUGUGUACAUGUCCUCAGUAUUUAGUAGGUGAUCCAAAAGUUGUUUGCAAGAGAGUAACAACUGCUUGUGACGCACAUAAUAAUUGUCCUGAUGGAUUUAGUUGCUAUGGCGAUGUUUGUUAUCCAUCAUGCAGAAGAGACAAUAUUUGCUUGUCUAAUGAAAAAUGCAUUCGAGGAAUAUGUAGACUAAUAUGCAAUAGUGAUGAUGGAUGCAGUGAAGGUCACAUUUGUGAAAACAGAAUUUGUAAGCAAGGUUGCCGUAGUGAUAAUGCGUGUGAUAAUAAUGAAGCGUGUCUUAAAGGACAAUGCAAAGAUCCUUGUGUUAACAACGCAGCAUGUGGAAUUUGUUCUGAAUGCAAAGUAGUUAACCAUCGUAGUCUUUGCAGUUGUACAAGUAACUAUACAGGAAAUCCACUCGUGGAGUGUAAGAAAAAAUCAAUACAAUGUGACGGCUUUUGUCCAUGUGACGAGAGUGGUUAUUGUAUAUCAUUAUGCGAAAAUAAUUCGGACUGCAGUUGUGGUGAAAAAUGUUACAAUGGUGGUUGCAGAUCUCUAUGCUCAAAUAGAAACAAAUGUCCCCAACGACAAAUAUGUCAACAAGGACUUUGUGUUCCUGGUUGUAAUAACAAUCGGGACUGUGGUGAUGAUAUGAUAUGUUUUUCAAAACAAUGUGUUACAGUAUGUCAGGAUAGUUCAUGUGGAAAAAAUGCGAUGUGCUUGGCAAAUAGACACCGAGCUGUUUGUAGUUGUCCUAGCGGCUUCUCUGGUGAUCCAGAAAAAGAGUGUAAAGCAGUUGAAUGUACAAAACAUGAAGACUGUGGGGCUGAUGAAGAAUGUUCUGAUGAAGGAACGUGUAAAAACAUUUGUCUAAAUGCCUGUGGAUCAAAUGCGAUAUGUCGUUCAGUAAAUAGACUACCACAGUGUUCUUGUCCACCUAAUUACGUAGGAAAUCCGAAACUAGAAUGCUCUAAGCCCCCAGCUGGAAGUUGUUUGCGCAAUCCAUGCGGUAUCAAUGCUCGCUGCCGUGAUCUUGAGGAUGGGGACUACGAGUGCACGUGUCCUCCGGGAUGCGCCGGUAGCCCCCAAACGCAAUGUUUCUGUGGCUCUAUGUUGCCAUGUGCGCGUAAAUCUUGUGGUACUAAUGCCCAGUGUCGUAUUGGUGAAAAAGGGAAACCACUUUGUUACUGUCCGCGAAACUUCCCUAAUGGAGAUCCGAAUAUUGAGUGUGCUCAAGAACCCAGCGUUGUUGAUUGUCGAACGACUGGUUGUGGGAUAAAUGGAGAAUGCUUAAGAGAAGGCGCCGAAUUUGUAUGUCGUUGCAUUCCUGGUACAGAGGGACAGGCAGAUAUUGAGUGUCACACCAGUAUCGAAUGCACGAGUGAUAAAGACUGUCCAGUAGACAAAGCGUGUUUGAGCUUACGUUGCGUCGACCCUUGCACGAUACGGGGUGUUUGUGGAGAGGACGCCCUGUGUGUGUCCGUGAUGCAUCAGGCUCAGUGUUCGUGCCCUCAGUGUUAUGUGGGUCAGCCGCGCCUAUCCUGUCAACUAGAUCCUACCUGCAAACCUACUGCUGACGCCAAUAUUACGUUUACUUGUUCCGAGAAUAAACCGUGCCCAUCAAAAUUAGCAUGCGAUAUGAAGACUAAUGAAUGUCGCAAUCCAUGCUUAGACUAUCAUAACUGUCGAAGAAAUCAAAAAUGCGAAGUUCGAAAUCACAAGCCAGUUUGUGUAUGUCGAAAUGGUUUUGCUCUUAAUGAAAGAGGAGAAUUAACUUGCGCACCAGAAAAUGCUGAAUGUACGAGAGAUGAACAAUGCCCAUCUAAUGCUGCAUGCCGAGAUUCUAAAUGUGUGAAUCCUUGUUUAGCACCUAAACAAUCUAUUUGUCCUAAAGGAAAACAGUGUGAUGUUGUAGAGCAUCGAGCUGUAUGUGUAUGCAUUGAAGAUUGUCACCCUACAGUGUCAAUAUGUCUAAGAGACAAUGGGUGCCCUCAAAAUUUAGCAUGCAUAAACUAUCAAUGUAAAAACCCAUGUAAAGAGGCCUGUGGUGAUGCUCCUUGUUCAGUUGAAGAUCACCACCCCGUAUGCAAGUUUUGUCCUACUGGAUAUAUACACGAUGAAAAGCAUGGCUGCAUUAAAGCUUUAGAGUGCGGUGCUCACGAGCAAUGCGCUGCGGGCCUGGCGUGUAUCGGCGGGCGCUGUUCCGACCCAUGCGCCCACGGCGGACCGUGUGCGCGCGGACAACACUGCGCUGUCAUUAACCACCAACCUGUCUGCUCAAAUGUAUGUCAGUGUCAAACAGCUUCAGAUUGCGCCAGGUAUCCAGACACAAAGUGUGAUGGGUGCGCUUGUGUACGGGAGGAUAAACCAAGCACAAUUUGUGCACAUUGUCGGCCGGGAGUUCCCUGCGAUCCAUUUUCCGGAGCUUGCAUGGAAAAUGAUCGACCUCUAAAUGUCCCACUAACAGAAACAAAUUUUGACAUUACUACUUCGACUACAGUGGUGUUGAAUGACAAUUCUUAUAAUAAAUAUGACAGUGUCACUAAAAUAUAUACUGAUAUUAUCUCUGAUGCAAAAGUAUUAAAUACUACAGACGAUCAUUUUCCAACAGGAAUUACUUUUAAUAAAAAUAUUAUACAUAAAACGACAACAGAAGGUGUUCAAAUUACAACUAAUGACAUUAGUUCUGAGAUAUACGCUUCCACAGCUGAUACGAGCAUUGAAAGUACAGAUUAUGAUCAAACAGAAAAAAAUAAUUUUAUUACAAUUGAUUCGCCUAAAUAUGAAGUAAAUACAAAUCAAGAUGUACUUAACACCGAUACCGAAAAGUAUUAUACUAAGGACGUCACUACUUUUGAGCCUAUGUAUAACACUGAAGUAAAUCCAACUGAUUUCACUACAAAAAAUAACUAUGAUGAUAUAACUUUAAAAAUAAAUCAAGAAAAAGAAUUUCAGACAACAUUUGUUGAUAAAGAACUUGUACCAAGCAGUAGUACAAUACACACUGAAAGUACAGUAAGACCUCAAUUAAAACGAACAGAAACAAGUGGCGCACAGAAACAAGUUCAUGAAAAUAAAAAUACUAAAACACCAGAAAAUCAAAGAAACUUACAUAAAAAUUAUACAGAUGAUUCGAUAACAUCUGUUGUUAAUAGUACACCUAAAUUUCAAACAACUGUCUCAUUAAUGGAGGAGCAUACUGUUAAAGAUUUAAACCAGUUUUUAAAUGACAGUGAAACAGAUAACAUAGGGGAAACAGUAAGUCUAGAAACUAUUAAUAUCACACAUACAAUUUUUAAUAACAUUAAUACUACAGAAACCAAUAUUGAAACUGAUUUAUUUAAGGAGAGUUCGGAUUUUUUAUUUAUAGAAACAACCACAACUAAAAAAAACAUUAAAGAAAAUGUGAGCAUAGAUAUAAUAACAAGUGAUUUAAUUACCAAAUCAACCAAUGUAUUAGAGACUAAUACUGAAAAAAUACUUAAUAAUGUAGAUAUAACAACAAAUUCUUUAAAUACGAUAAGUUUGACGCAAAAAAAUUUUAAAAAUGAAUCUGGAAAGGUCAAUAUAUUUGAAAAAGCAGAGGAAACAACAACAGUCUCUUCUGGAGUUUUAUCAACAAGUGAUUCAACUCAAACGGCGACUUAUAGCAAUGAUAUAUCGACCACCCUAAACGAUUUUUUUAAAACUAGAAGUGUUGAUGAUGUUUAUGGCCACACAAUUAUGGAUUCUACAAGAACGACAGUUAAAAACGAAGAUGCCAAAGACAUUUCAAAACCUGUAGAUUUAGAACAAGAAUCUACUACCUAUAAAACAGAAAUAUACCGAGAGCCUUAUGCUCCCGAAGAAGAUCAACAACAUACAUCAACUUCUGUGUCACUUAAUACAGUUACUGAUGAUAGGAAAUUAAUUGAAAAUAAAAACACAAACUUAAACAUAUUUAGUAAAACUACUGAAACCGUUUCAAGCUCUGAGACUGUGUUAACUACUGAACAUAGUGAAAUUACAGACUCAAAUGAUGGUAGCGAAAAUUUUUUUGAAUCAUAUGAGACCACUACUCAGUUGCCUUUUACUACAUUGUCAAUAGAAAACACUGAAAAAAUUAAAACUACUCUGAGUACGAAUACGGAAAAAAGUUUGUUUACAAAUGCAUUUACAAUUAAUGGAAUAGAUGAAUUUGUAACAAAUAAUAUUAAUUCAAUAUAUACAACUGAUUUUCAUUCAAAUACAAUAAAUAAAUAUAAUGGUAAUAAGGAUUCUCUUAAAGAAUCUUCUAAAACAUAUGCCACAGAUAAAGAAACUACUUUGUCUGAAACUUACCCAGUAAAAACAAUUACAGAAUCUUUUAUGACUGACUUUGGAACGGGUACAUUCUUAACAACAGACCGUAAUAUUGUAACCGAAUAUACAGAUAUAACAUUAAAACCAUUAUCACCUGAUUACGUCACAGAACAAAACACUGCUUCAUCACAAAAUAUUUCCCACAUACUGCAGCACAGUACUAGAUCUGAAAAAAAUAAAACAUAUCAAAACGAAUCAACCGAAAAUAUGACGCCUGAGCUUAGUACAACUGUAACAGAAGAUAGUCGUUUAUAUAUAUCUAAUUCUGAAUAUGAAAUGUUUAAAACUAUUGAAACAACCACUGUAAAGGCUCAAGAUACAUCUCAAAAAAACGUUCAAAUUGAAAGUUCAACUAAUAUUUAUAUUGAAAUGACACCUGAUUAUACAAAAGAUUUUAUUUCAAAUAAUUUUGAUGAUGAAAUGACUGAACAGAAUUUUAAUGUAAAAACUACUGCUGUACCAUCACACAGUCAACAUUAUGUUAAAAGUUCAACAUUUAAAAUGCCACUUACUAAUAUUUAUGAAACACUUCCUACUUCUGAAACUUUUACAACGUUAUUAAAUCCAAAUAAGGAAGUUAUUGAAGAGCUAUCAAAUACACAAACUCCAACUACAGUCACACAAAGUGACGAUUAUAAUCAACUUGCAGAUAAAACACAAGUAGCAAAAGAGUUUGAGGUUAAAAUUUACAAUAAAGAAUUACCAAAAACUCAAAAAGAUACAAUUAUGACAUCUUCAGAAAAAAGUCUUGACAUAGGCACAUCUACGCAAAAUUUAAAUACUCAUACAUUUUCAGCGGUAGAUUCAGAUAUAAAUACAACAGAUUUUUCGGAAAGUCAGAUUGGUAAAUCGGCUUUUAUAGGAAAAUUUGUUAAUGAUACAACUGAAUUAACUUUAAAGAAUAAUGUACAUGAAGUUAAAAAAAGUACUUUAGAAGAAAUAAAUACUCUAUCUACAACUACGAGAACGAGAUUUACUAUAUCAAAUGACAGUGAAAGUUUUGGUUCUUCAAACCUUUUACCAUUGGAUGAUAUUAGUAUAACGUCAAGUAACGAACGUACUUUAACAACAUCCAUAACCAACCAAACAGAUAUUCCAUCUGAAAAGUAUGAUAUUACAACUUCCUCUGCUAUGUCCGAAAACAUCUAUAUUAGUAAAACUUCCACUUCUAUAGCACAAACUAAUAACUAUAUUGAUCAAAUUACCACUAAUUCUGAUAGCUCGGAUGGCAUUUAUAUGACCGUAACCGAAAGUACAAAUAAUAUAAAUUCAUCUUAUAAUAGUCAAGUACUAAAUAAAAAUACUCUCACGUCAGUACCAAUAAAAAAAAAUUAUACAACUUCAUCUUCCUCAAUGACAUUAGAAAACGAAUUUUCUACACAGAAAGAUAGAGAUAAUAUUGAUUCUACGUUGUCAAAUACAGAAGUAACUACCGAGCCUAUAGAAUUAGUAAACAUUGACAAAUCAAGUGAAAACGAGUGGUUAUUAACUUCAACAAACGAACCUGCUUUUUUUGAUGCAGUUUCGACAACAUUAAACCCAUACGAAGAGGCCAAAAGUUUUAAAAAAGAAAAUAUAUCAAUAUCUCAAUCGACAGACAGAGAUGUUACAAGCAUUACAGAAAAUACAUCAGAAUAUAUGUUUAGGACACAAACAGAGUUUAUUAGUCAUCAAUUUCAUGAGAAGCAAUAUCCAUCAACAAUAUCAGCACUUUCAAGCACAUCUCUGGAAAAUUUAUCAUCACGAAGAAAGGAUAUAGACAUUUCCGCUUGGACUGACUCUACUCCUUACUUAGAGUUGACAACGACAGAGACUUCAACUGACAUUCAAGUUAGUAUUCAAUGUAAAUCAAACAAUCACUGUCCCAUCGACAAAUUCUGCUACCUUGAAGUAUGCGAGGACCCGUGCGAAGUUCGGAAACCGUGUUCAAAGAAUGUUUCCUGUAAAGUCGUGAACCAUGCCGCUGUUUGUGCUUGCGAUGAUACAGCGGAACACUUCUGUGGGAAAGAGUCACCCGGGACACCUAAAACACCAGAACCAUGUCAUUCUGAUCGAGACUGUAUAGAAACAGAAGCCUGUUUUAUGGGAUUGUGUCAAAAUCCUUGUGAAUUUGACAAUGUAUGUGGUAUCGAAGCUAAUUGUCAUCCGGUCAAACAAAGACCAAUGUGCUCGUGUCCGGCUGGAUAUAACGGAGAUCCCUCCGUUAAAUGUUCUCCAAGCACAUCUGGUUGCACUCGAAAUGAAGACUGUCAUUUGACUGAGGCUUGUAUAAAUAGUGCAUGUCAACAUCCAUGUUCCAUACACAAUCCAUGUGCACAAAACGCAAUCUGUAUAAAUACAAAUCAUGGUUCAGAUUGUAGUUGUAUUGAAGGAUAUCAAGGCAAUGGAUAUAUCGGAUGUGUACCGGUUAUCGAUUCUCAUUCAGUAUGUCAAUAUAACGAAGAUUGUCCGCCAGAGUUACUAUGUGACAGGUUAAAUAGAGUAUGUAUUAACCCGUGUGCUGUAAAUAAAUGCGGCGACAAUGCCGAGUGUUUCCCUGCAAAUCAUGGUAUACAAUGCGAAUGUUUUGCUGGCUUUACUGGUAACCCAUAUUUAGAUUGCUACCAAGUUCAAGGUUGUAGAUCAGACAAUGAAUGUGUCAAUUCCGAGGCAUGCAUUAACGGAAAAUGUGAUUCACCCUGUAGAUGUGGAAUAAACGCAAUAUGUGACGUUUUAAACCACCGAGCCUCUUGUAAAUGUUUAGCUGGUUACACUGGAAAUCCAAUGCUUAGUUGUGAUCCACCAUCAAAUCCGUGUUCUCCGAAUCCAUGCGGAACAAAUGCACUAUGUGAAAAUGAUAACGGCACUCCAAUCUGCUUCUGCCCUAAGGGUCUUACCGGAAAUCCAUUCCAAAAUUGUAUUCCGGAAGGUAAUGAAUGCGAACCUAACCCAUGUGGACCAUAUACUGGAUGUAGAAUUAUAGAGAAUAAACCAGCUUGUUUUUGUCUUCCAAAUUACGAAGGAAAUCCGCCUAGACAACCUUGUCGGUUACCAAGUAACCCAUGUAACCCCUCACCUUGUGGUCCCAAUACACAAUGUACAGUUUUAUCUAAUGGAUUUUCAAAAUGUACAUGCUUACAAGGUUAUGUAGAGAGUCCAAAUACAGUUCGAGGUUGCAUUGAAGCACGCAAUCCGUGUGAGCCGAACACGUGUGGUAUUGGUGCACGUUGUGAUCCAAACAGGUCUCCUGCCUGUUACUGUCCAGAAAAUACAAGAGGUAAUCCCUACAAGUCUUGUAAACACGAAUCUUAUUUACCUCCAUCCGUUCUAUGUCAACCUGGAAAUUGUGGUGAGAAUGCCGAUUGUUACGUAAGUAAUAAUAGAGAAAUGUGUUUCUGCAAAAACGGAUUUAUUGGAGACCCUUAUAUAGGCUGUCAACCUCAAAAAAGUCCUUGCAAUCCAAACCCAUGUGGUCCUCAAUCUUUGUGCAACGCUAAUUAUGAUGGACAAGCAUUAUGUACUUGUGCUGAAGGUAGUACUGGAGACCCGUACAGCUUGGAAGGAUGUUAUUCCCGAGAAUGUGAAAUAGAUGCUGAAUGUGCAUUGGACAAGGCUUGCAUUGGUUACGCAUGUCGUGAUCCUUGCCCGGGCUUAUGCGGUCUUAACGCCAAAUGCCACGUGGAAUCACAUCAUCCGGUUUGUGUCUGUGAAAACGGAUUAAUAGGAAAUCCUUUGGUAUGUUGUUUAGAACCCGAAGAGCAGAAGAGUAGCAGACCUUGUAGUAAAAUACAGUGUGGUGUAAAUGCAAUCUGUCAAGACGUAGACAAUAAGGCAUUGUGUUCAUGUCUCCCGGACUUUUAUGGAGAUCCAACUAAAGAAUGUAAACCAGAAUGUUUAAUGAAUUCAGACUGUUCACCACACGAGGCUUGUAUCAAUCGAAAAUGCACAGAUCCUUGUCAGCAAAGUAAUAUAUGCGGAUUAAAUGCAGUCUGUUUAUGUUCAGAUCAUACAGUUUCGUGUUUGUGUCCCGACGGAUAUAUGGGUGACCCCUUAAUUCAAUGUAUAUAUCGACCAAUAAUUAUUGCUCCAGAUAAUACAACGGCACAACCAUGCACGCCAAAUCCAUGUGAACCCAAUUCAAUUUGUGAUACAUAUGGUAACAAAUUUGCCGUCUGUAAUCUAUGUGUCGGUCCAAAUGCUAUCAAUAAGCCUGGAUGUAGACCUGAAUGUGUUCUGAAUUCAGAUUGCCCAUUUAAUAAAUUUUGCUUAAAAAAUAAAUGCGUGGAUCCCUGUCCUGGCUCAUGCGGUGUUAAUGCUGAAUGUAUAUUGGUGUACAAUCAUGAGCCGAUUUGUCAAUGCAAAGAGCAUUUUGAAGGCAAUCCUUAUGAACAUUGUAAAUUUACUAUACAACCUGUUUUAACUGAAACUUGUGACAACAUCCGUUGUGGAUCUAAUGCUAUUUGUCAAAACAUAAAUAACGCUCUAACAUGUAAAUGUUUACCCGGUUUCUUUGGGAAUCCCUAUCUAUCAUGUAGACCGGAAUGCGUUGUUAAUAGUGAUUGUUCUUCAACGCUAGCGUGUAUAAAUAACAGGUGUGAAAAUCCAUGUAAAAAUGUCUGCGGAAUUGGAGCAUUGUGCGAAACAAUUAACCACCAUGCUAUAUGCUAUUGUGCGUCGGGUCAGACUGGAGAUCCUUAUAUUCGAUGUCACGAUAGCCCUAUUAUGACACCGUCAUUAUCUAUAUGCGAUCCAUCACCAUGUGGACCAUAUAGCCGUUGUCUUGUAUCAGAAUCUGGUUUCGCAAUUUGUUCUUGUUUACCAAAAUUCCGAGGUGUCCCCCCAAUGUGUCAACCAGAAUGUGUUAGUAAUUCAGACUGCUCUCAAAAAGAAACUUGCGUUAAUCAAAGAUGUGUUGAUCCAUGUCAUGGGAGCUGUGGAAUAGGAGCCCAGUGUGUUGUUGUAAAUCAUAAUCCUAUAUGUAGCUGUGGGCCGGGAGAAACUGGCGAUCCUUUUACUGUCUGUACGGGAUUCGUUGAAAUUGAACCUAAUGGUAAAAAUCCAUGUGUACCUUCACCUUGCGGGCCUAACUCGGUUUGUGAGAUAAAAUCCAAUCAUCCUGUGUGUUCGUGUCAACCAAAUUAUUCUGGGUCUCCGCCAUAUUGUAGGCCAGAAUGUAUUAUAAGCCAAGAAUGUCCAUCAAAUCAAGCCUGCAUAAAUGAAAAGUGUGUAGACCCGUGCCUUGGUGCCUGUGGUAAUAACGCUGUUUGUAACGUGAUCAAUCAUACGCCGUUAUGCAGCUGCUUAGAAGGAUAUAAAGGGGAUGCCUUUAUUGGAUGUGUAGCAGUGUCUAAAGAUGAAACUAUUUCUUCCUGUAACCCAUCGCCAUGUGGCGAAAAUACUAUAUGUGUUGUUACAAAUAAUGCAGCCAGGUGCUCUUGUAUUCCACCGAACAUUGGAAAUCCUUAUGCCGGUGGUUGUCGGCCAGAAUGUACUCUUAAUUCGGAUUGUCCAAAUCAUUUAGCUUGUUUAUCUAACCAUUGCCGAGACCCUUGCAAAGACUUAUGUGGAGUUAAUGCAGAGUGCAUCGUUACAAACCAUGUGCCUGUCUGUACGUGCUUUAAAGGAUACGAAGGCGACCCAUUCUCUUCCUGUCGUCGAAUAUAUGCAAAUCCAACACCAAUCCAACCCUGUGAGCCUUCGCCCUGCGGUCCAAAUAGCGAAUGUCAUGUAGUCAGCAAUCGUGCGGCAUGUUCAUGUCGCCCUGGCUAUCUCGGCACUCCUCCUGCUUGCCGCCCUGAAUGUUCUGUGAACUCGGACUGUCCUAUUAACAAAGCUUGUAUAAACCAAAAAUGCACGGACCCAUGCAUUCACAGCUGUGGUCUGGAUGCGCGUUGUCACGUCGUCAGUCAUAAUCCGAUUUGCGUGUGUCCAGAAAACUUUCCUGAAGGCGAUCCUUUUAUACGAUGUAACAAAAAAAGCAUCCCGCAGCCGACUACAGAUCCCUGCUUGCCUUCACCAUGUGGGCCUCAUUCAUCAUGCCAGAGUGAGGCUGGCCGAGCAUUAUGCGCGUGUGACCCGGGCACAUUAGGCGCACCUCCCUCUUGUCGACCCCAGUGCUUAAUCAAUCAGGAUUGUCCACUAGCUCUUGCUUGCUUGAGCGGGACAUGUGUCAAUCCGUGUAUCGGUUCCUGUGGAUUCAAUGCCCGAUGUGUGGUACAAAAUCAUCAACCAAUAUGCUCUUGUGACGACGGGUAUUCUGGAGAUCCUUUCUCCGGUUGCAGUCGCGUGGAACCCUCCAUAGAAGUUUUCCGACAUCCUUGCAACCCAUCACCUUGCGGAUCUAAUGCUCUCUGUAAAGAAAAAAAUGGUGCUGGUGCCUGUACUUGUGUUAAUGACUAUUACGGAGACCCUUACUUAGGUUGUAGACCCGAAUGUGUUAUGAAUACAGACUGUGCUUCUGACAGAACAUGUUUCAAUAAUAAAUGUGUAGACCCAUGCCUAGGUACAUGUGGACAAAACGCUGAAUGUAGAGUCAUAAAUCAUGCACCUUUAUGUUAUUGUUUCUCGGGAUAUACCGGAAAUCCUCUACAUGCAUGCAUGCCUGUUAUAACUCUCGCGGAACCAAUUGAUCCGUGCCACCCUUCGCCUUGUGGCCCUUAUAGUAAAUGUCGUACGUUUAAUGGCCACGCGGUUUGUACAUGUCUUGAUAUAUGUAUUGGUUCUCCACCGAAUUGUCGCCCCGAAUGUAUUGUUAGUUCGGACUGCCGCCCAAGUAAAGCGUGCAUAAAUAAUAAAUGUCAAGAUCCUUGCCCCGGUACUUGUGGGGUUAACGCGGAAUGUCAAGUUGUGAAUCACAAUCCAGUCUGCAGUUGUGGAAGUGAAUAUACUGGUGAUCCAUUUGUAAGAUGCUUUGAAGAAGACAAAAAAAUGACUCCAAUCAAUAUUUGUUUACCAAAUCCGUGUGGACCGCAUUCUCAAUGUCGUGAUUUAAACGGAAUGCCAGUCUGUUCUUGUUUAAACGAUUACAUUGGACGUCCACCGAAUUGUCGACCAGAAUGUGUAAUGAAUGUAGAGUGUCCAGGAAACUUGGCAUGUAUUUCGAGAAAAUGCAAUGACCCAUGUCCAGGUUCAUGUGGAUUUCAUGCAAUAUGUAACGUUGUAAAACAUGUACCCGUUUGUACUUGCGAACAAGGCUAUACGGGUGAUCCUUUCUCUGGAUGUUCAGUUGCUCCUUCCAUUGAACCACAACUUGAAAACCCUUGUUCUCGCUCUCCUUGUGGAGUGAACGCUGUUUGCAAAGAGAGACACGGUGUCGGAUCUUGUUCAUGUCUCCCAGACUAUUACGGUGAUCCGUAUAUUGAAUGCCGACCAGAGUGUGUUUUAAACUCUGACUGUCCAAAAGAUAGAGCUUGUAUUAAUAACAAAUGCAAAGAUCCAUGCCCAGGAGUAUGUGGUAUGAAUGCUGAGUGCCGAGUAAAUAAUCACGCCCCCUCUUGUGCCUGUUUAAUGGGUUACGAAGGAAAUCCGUUCACAUCAUGUUAUUUAAGACCAAUUGAAAAACCCACUGAUCCAUGCUUACCUUCACCAUGUGGGCCUUAUAGUGAAUGCUAUGCUAACAGGGGGCACGCUAUUUGUUCUUGUAAGAAAGAAUACUUUGGUUCUCCUCCAAACUGUCGACCCGAAUGUAUGGUCAGUAGUGACUGUAUGCCAAACAAAGCAUGUAUAAAUGAAAAAUGCAGUGAUCCUUGUGUAGGAGCGUGUGGUACUAAUGCAAAAUGUACUGUUGUCAAUCAUAAUGCUUUAUGUAGUUGUCCUCCAAAUUAUGUUGGUGAUCCAUUUGUCAACUGUGCCUAUGAAAAUAAACCAGUACCAAAGCCGUCUGGUAAUCCUUGUAUUCCCACCCCUUGUGGUCCAAAUUCACAAUGUCGUGUGGUAGGAGAAACUCCAGCUUGUUCAUGUAAGCCAGGAUAUGUUGGAAGAGCGCCUCAGUGUCGCCCUGAAUGCAUUUACGACGAAGAAUGUUCUAGCAAUUUGGCUUGUAUUAGGGAAAAAUGUACAAGUCCAUGCGAUGGCUCUUGUGGUUCAAACGCUAACUGUAUUGUAAUUUCCCAUAAAGCAGUUUGCCAUUGCCGUGAAAGUUAUACAGGUGAUCCUUUUAGUGGAUGCUAUUUUAUAGUAACCGUGCCAAGUGAAGAUGAGACUAAUCCUUGUAAUCCAUCCCCGUGUGGACCAAACGCAAAAUGCACUGAAAAAAAUAACGCUGGUGCUUGUACUUGUUUACCGGGCUAUUUUGGAGAUCCGUAUCUUGGAUGUCGCCCUGAAUGCGUUACAAACAAUGAUUGUUCCCCAGAUAAGGCCUGCCUUAACAACAAAUGUGUUAAUCCUUGCCAAGGAGCUUGUGGAGUAAAUGCAAAAUGUAAUGUUGCACAUCACAAUCCCGUUUGUUUGUGUAUUGAUGGUUACGACGGAAAUCCUUUAGUAUCAUGUCAUCCUCAAAGACAACCCUCAGUGCAAGACUCCAAUCCUUGCCAGCCGUCGCCUUGUGGACAUUAUAGUAUUUGUAAAGAAUUAAACGGUCACGGUGUCUGUUCUUGCCAAGAAGGCUAUGUAGGGUCACCUCCAACGUGUCGACCAGAAUGCGUAAUUAGUACUGACUGCCCUCAGCACCAGGCAUGUAUUAAACAAAAGUGCAGAGAUCCAUGCCCUGGAACAUGUGGUGUCAAUGCUCGAUGUCAAGCAAUAAAUCACAAUCCUAUUUGUACUUGUAAGCCAGGAUUUACCGGUGAUCCAUUCGUAAUUUGUCAAUUAGAACCAAAACCUAUUUCUUUGGGACCCAAAGGAAAUCUAUGCAUACCAUCACCAUGCGGUCCAUAUUCUCAAUGUAAAGUAGUUGGAGAUGCGCCUGCAUGUUCUUGCUUACCAAAUUUCAUUGGUAUUGCACCAAACUGUAGACCUGAAUGUUCUAUCAAUGCAGAAUGUCCUGGUAAUCUUGCAUGUCAAAAUGAAAAAUGUGUAGACCCUUGCCCGGGUUCUUGUGGCCUUAAUGCCGAAUGUACCGUAGCGAAUCAUGUAGCACUUUGUAAUUGUUUGCCGGGUCACACAGGUGAUCCAUUUAGUGGAUGUUCAUACAUUGAAUAUACACCAGAACCACCUCCAAACCCAUGCAAUCCAUCACCGUGCGGAGCCAAUGCAUUAUGUAAGGAAAGGAAUGGCGUUGGUUCGUGCUCCUGCUUGCCAGAAUAUUUUGGAGACCCAUACACAGGAUGUCGUCCUGAAUGUGUUUCAAAUUCCGAUUGCGAUCGUAAUAAGGCAUGUUCUAAUAAUAGAUGUAAAGACCCAUGUCCAGGGUCAUGUGGAAUUAAUGCUGAAUGUAGAACCAUAAAUCAUUCACCGACGUGUACCUGUCUUUAUGGAUAUUCAGGAAAUCCUUUGACAAAAUGUGAAUUAGAAACCAUUCCUGGUGGAAAAGAUCAACAGUUAGAUCCUUGUCAACCUUCACCGUGUGGACCUAACAGUCUCUGUCAUAUAGUGAACGGUCAUAGCGUCUGCAUUUGUGAAGCUGGUUAUAUUGGAACUCCACCGACAUGCAGACCUGAAUGUAUUGUCAGCUCCGAGUGUCCUCAAGACAAAGCAUGUGUUAAUAAGAAAUGCGUGAAUCCCUGUCCAAACACGUGUGGACUUAACGCACGUUGUCAAGUAAUAACACAUAAUCCUAUUUGUAGUUGUACAUCAGGCUACACUGGUGAUCCAUUUACUAAAUGCACCCCUGAAGAAAGAACUGAAGUUAUUAACCCAUGCGCCCCUUCACCAUGUGGACCAAAUUCAGAAUGUCGCGUUAUCGGAGACCAAGCUGCUUGUUCUUGCCUACCAAAUUAUAUUGGACGAGUGCCGAACUGCAGGCCAGAAUGUACGAUUGAUGCCGAAUGCCCUAGUAAUGCAGCUUGUUUGAAUGAACAGUGUAAAGAUCCUUGUCAAGGAGCGUGUGGAUUAAAUGCUCUUUGUUUAACUGUAAAUCAUAAGCCAAUUUGUUCAUGUCAACAAGGAUUUACUGGUGAUGCCUCCAAAAUAUGCACACAAAUAAUCAUAUCAUCUACCGAGAUGACACCAACUUCUAGUCCAUGCACUCCAUCACCUUGCGGUCCUAACGCAGAAUGUCGUGAGUAUAACGGUGCCGGAGCUUGCUUCUGCUCGGAAGGCUAUGAAGGUGAUCCAUAUGGGUUGAAUGGAUGUCGAAGAGAAUGUGAAAAUAAUGACGACUGCGCUUAUAACUUAGCCUGUACACGGUUUAAAUGUAUAGAUCCUUGUCCUCGAACGUGUGGUCAUUUAGCUCAAUGUACUGUCGAAAAGCAUGUCCCUAUUUGCUCGUGUCCCCCAGGAUUUACUGGAGACCCAUUUUUCCAAUGCAGGGAAAUUAUUUUAGAUCCUACUCCAGUUAAGAAUCCUUGUGAGCCCACACCCUGUGGUCCUAAUAGCCAAUGUAGACAGGUCAAUAUGCAAGCAGUGUGUUCUUGUUUACCGAAUUACAUAGGUUCGCCUCCAUCAUGCCGGCCUCAAUGUGUUGUAAACAGUGAAUGCGAUACAUCUAAAGCUUGUAUCAAUCAAAAAUGCGACGAUCCUUGUCCAAACACAUGUGGCCUUCGUGCUCAUUGUCUUGUAAAAAAUCAUAAUCCGAUAUGUACAUGUCCAGCUGGUAUGACUGGAGAUCCAUUUACUCAGUGUUAUACAAUUCCACCAACGACCGAACGACCAUCAUGUACUCCAUCCCCUUGUGGACCACACUCGCGUUGUCAACUAUUAGCUAGUGGGCCAGCCUGUUCCUGUUUACCUGGUUAUAUAGGAUCUCCACCAUCUUGCAGACCAGAAUGUGCAAUAAAUUCUGAAUGUCCGGCAUCAUUAGCCUGUGUAAGACAAAAGUGUGAAGAUCCUUGCCCUGGUUCAUGUGGUGUUGAAGCGAAUUGUCAUGUACUAAAUCAUGUAGCCAUAUGUGUCUGUAAUGAAGGAUUUACUGGUGAUCCUUUCUCGAGAUGUACACCUAUUCCUGAAGUACCGACGACACCUGUUCCAUCAGAUCCAUGUAAUCCAUCGCCAUGUGGGCCAAAUGCGCAGUGUGAUAAUGGCUUUUGCACUUGUUUACCUAAUUACAGUGGAAAUCCUUAUGAAUCGUGUAGACCUGAAUGCACAGGCAGUCAAGAAUGUCCCAGAGACAAGGCUUGUUUCAGAAAUAAAUGCGUUGAUCCAUGUCCUGGAGUUUGCGGUCAAAACGCUAAAUGUGAUGUUAUAAACCAUAUACCCAGCUGUUCAUGUAUUUCUGACUAUACUGGUAAUCCAUUUAUACAAUGUCAGCCUAUGGAAAAAGAAAAAGCAUUACCAAAAGAUCCAUGCCAUCCUUCACCAUGCGGUCCAAAUAGUAUAUGUCGUACUAAAGAAAAUACGGCAGUAUGCGCAUGCGUAGAAGGAUUUACAGGGUCGCCGCCAGCAUGUAGACCAGAAUGUGUCGUGAGCUCAGAAUGCCCGUCAACUAAAGCAUGUGUUAAUCAAAAAUGCAUCAACCCUUGUAUUAAUGCAUGUGGUAUAUUUGCACGUUGCGAAGUUAUUAACCAUAGUCCUAUUUGUAGUUGUAAUCCAGGACAAACAGGAGAUCCAUUUAAAAGUUGUCAUGACAUCAUAGCUGUACCUCCAGACAACGUAGAUGCUUGUAAUCCUUCACCAUGUGGACCGAAUGCUUUAUGUAUGGAACGAAAUGGUAAAGCAAAUUGUCGAUGCGUGGAAGAUUAUGUUGGACAACCUCCCAAUUGUAGACCAGAAUGUGUCAUCAAUCCUGACUGCCCUUCUAAUCAGGCAUGUGUAAGAAAUAAAUGCAUAGACCCUUGUCCGGGAUCUUGUGGAGUUAAUGCAGAUUGUAUCAUAGUCAGUCAUACUGUUUCUUGUCUUUGCAAAGAUAAAUUUACUGGAAAUCCUUUCUUACAGUGUGUACCCUUAGAAGAAAAUGUUAUAACACCAUGUGAUCCAUCUCCAUGCGGAGCUAAUGCAGUAUGUAGCCAAAGGGACGGUGCCGGGGCAUGCUCUUGCUUAGAAGGAUACCAAGGAAAUCCAUAUGAAAGUUGUCGACCUGAAUGCGUUCUCAGUUCCGAUUGUUCUGCUGAUAAAGCUUGCCUAAGAAACAAAUGCUUAGAUCCUUGCCCAGGGAUAUGCGGCACAUUUGCAGAGUGUACAGUUGUUAACCAUGUUCCAUCAUGCGCUUGUGUUAAAGGUUAUACAGGAAAUCCAUUCGUACAGUGUGUCAAAAAGGAACCAGUUCACGAUAUAAGACCAUGUCAACCGUCGCCUUGUGGUUCUAACAGCAUAUGUAGGGAAAACGGUGAAUUAGCAUCAUGCGAAUGCCUUCCAGAAUAUAUAGGAGCCCCACCAGAUUGUCGGCCUGAAUGCACUGUUAGCAGCGAAUGUCCAUCUGAUCGAGCCUGUUAUAAAUUGAAAUGUGCUGAUCCCUGUCGAGGAACCUGUGGCUUAGGAGCGCAUUGUCAAGUUGUCAAUCAUAGUCCUUUAUGUAGUUGUCCCACUGGAACAAGUGGAGAUCCAUUUAGUAUGUGUCGUGAAAUACAAUAUUCUGUGCUUGACAAAGAGAAACCUUCACAACCAUGUCAACCGAGUCCGUGUGGACCAUAUAGCGAAUGUCGUUCGGUCAAUGGCAACCCAACAUGCUCAUGUAUGGUUGGUUAUAUCGGAGCUCCUCCAAAUUGUAGGCCAGAAUGCCUUGUAAAUACUGAUUGUCCGUCGCAGCAAGCGUGUAUUGCAGAAAAGUGUACAAACCCAUGUGAAGGUUCUUGCGGUUUUAAAGCAGAUUGCAGAGUCCAAGAUCAUAUUCCUAUCUGCAGCUGUCCGACCGGUUUCUCUGGGGAUCCAUUCAUUCAGUGCUCUGAGAUAUUAGUUACACCGACGCCAGCGUCAGAUCCUUGUAAUCCAUCACCUUGUGGCAGUAAUGCAAUAUGUGAAGAGGGAGCCUGUUCGUGUGCUUUAGGCUAUUUCGGUGACCCGUAUACAGGUUGUCGAUUGGAAUGUUCUACAAAUGGUGAAUGUUCUCCUAAUCGUGCUUGUCAUGGUGGAAAAUGUGUAGACCCAUGUCCAGGUGCCUGUGGUACUGGAGCGACAUGUUCUGUUUAUAAUCAUAUACCUUCUUGCACUUGUCCACCGAGUACAUCUGGAGAUCCUUUCAGUUUUUGUACAGAAAUACCGAAACAAGAGAAACCCAAGUCGCCGUGUAGCCCGUCACCAUGUGGUCCUUACAGUGAAUGUACAGUCAGUGCUAAUGGUGCUGCUGCUUGUUCAUGUAAAGCUGGACAUAUAGGCUCACCACCAUCCUGUCGUCCUGAAUGCUUAGUCAGUUCUGAGUGUAAGCUUCAAAUGGCAUGCGUGGAUAGACGUUGUCGCGAUCCUUGCGAAGGUGCAUGUGGGCGCGGCGCUCGGUGCCAAGUAAUAGCACAUAGUCCUAUCUGUACAUGUAAUGAUGGGUUAACUGGCGAUCCCUUUACCUAUUGCUACCCCACUCCAGUACUUCCAUCCCCACCGAUUGAUCCAUGUGAACCCUCUCCUUGUGGGCCUAACUCAAUAUGUGUUAGAAAUGGAGAUAUGCCAGCAUGCAGUUGUCAACGGAACUAUAUUGGUUAUCCACCGAAUUGUCGCCCCGAGUGUACAAUAAGUGCAGAGUGUCCUGCAGUUUUGGCGUGCGUUGCUCAGAGGUGCAAAAAUCCAUGUACAGAUGCUUGUGGCCCAGGUGCAUUAUGCACUGUAGUCGAUCAUCGCGCAACUUGUGCUUGUGAACUAGGUCUCGAAGGUGAUCCUUUCCAAGGUUGUUCGCGGCCUAAAGCUCCUCAAAAGUUUGAAUAUCUUAAUCCUUGUGAACCAUCACCAUGCGGUGCCAACGCCGAUUGUAAAGUUCAAGGAAAUGCAGGAUCAUGCUCAUGUCUUCCGAAUUAUUUUGGUGAUCCAUACCAAGGUUGUAGACCAGAAUGCUUAGUCGAUUCUGAUUGCCCAUUGGUCUUAGCUUGUAAUAGAAACAAGUGUACUGAUCCUUGCCUCGGAGUGUGUGGUUAUAAUGCCGAUUGUUACGUUGCAAAUCAUAAGCCCACAUGUAACUGUAAAACUGGAUACACAGGAAAUCCUUUAUCGAUGUGUUCUAUUUUACGAGAAAAUGACGUAUCAGUGGUGAACGUUUGUAAUCCAUCUCCUUGUGGAGUUAAUGCUAUUUGCAAAGAGGUAAAUAAUCAACCUGUGUGUUCAUGCCUAAACAAUUAUAUCGGGACACCACCAAAUUGUAGAACCGAAUGUAUCGUCAACUCUGAAUGUAAGACAAAUAGAGCAUGUGUAAAUAAUAGAUGCGUUAAUCCAUGUCCUAAACCUUGUGGUAAAAAUACGGAAUGUAAAGUAAUAAAUCACAGUCCAGUUUGCUCAUGUCAUCCAGGAUAUUCUGGAAAUCCCUUUACAAUAUGUACACAAGUUAUGCAAAUAUCGGUCACUACAAUAACAUCAACAAAUCCGUGUAUUUCAUCACCGUGUGGUUUGUAUGCUGAAUGUCGUAAUAAUAAUGGAUUGGCAUCUUGUUCAUGUCUGCCAUAUUAUACGGGAGCACCGCCUUUCUGUAAACCUGAAUGUGUUAUACAUUCUGAUUGUCAAAGCAACCAAGCAUGUGUAGCCGAAAAAUGCCGAAAUCCUUGUGACGGUGCCUGUGGAAUUUAUGCCAAUUGCUUUGUUCAUAAUCAUAUACCAGUAUGUUUGUGUUCAGAAGGUUUUACGGGUGAUCCAUUCCGUGAAUGCAAACAAACGUCAUUACAAGAUCAAGCAAAACCAAUUGAUCCUUGCCAUCCGACCCCCUGUGGACCCAACGCAAGAUGCCAAGAUGGUGCCUGUUCUUGCUUAACAGGAUAUCAUGGUGAUCCGUACCUUGGUUGUCGACCAGAAUGUGUGUACAAUUCAGAUUGUCCUCAAGAAAAAGGUUGCCUGAACAACAAAUGUGUAAAUCCAUGUAUUGGGACUUGCGGGGUUAAUGCAGUUUGCGAUGUGAAUAAUCAUAUUCCUAUGUGCAGUUGUCCUAAGGGUAUGAGUGGAAAUGCAUUUAUUGAAUGUCGAGCGGUUACAGUAACUAACGUUAAUCCGUGUAACCCAUCACCAUGUGGACCGAAUAGUCAGUGUCAACAGUCACAAGGACAAGCAGUUUGUUCAUGCCUACCAGGGUAUCGUAGUAGUCCCCCGACUUGUAGACCUGAAUGCGUGGUCAGCCUUGAAUGUUCCUUAAAGGAAGCAUGUCAGAAUCAAAAAUGUGUAGACCCUUGUAUUGGUGCUUGUGGGGUUGCAGCAGUGUGUGAUGUUAUAAAUCACAAUCCAAUAUGUUCAUGUUCACCUUCAUUCACGGGUGAUCCGUUUAUUAAGUGCUCAGUAAUUGUACAAGCUGUAGUACAAGUUGACCCGUGUGAUCCUUCACCUUGUGGUUCACAUUCAACGUGCAGAAUAAGUGGAGAAGGUCCUGUUUGUGCCUGUUUACCUGGGUACCGUGGAACCCCACCAAAUUGUAGACCAGAAUGCAUAAGUAAUAGUGAAUGUGACCAUAAUUUAGCUUGCCUUAACCAAAAAUGUGCUGACCCAUGCGUUGGCAGUUGUGGAACAAACACAGAAUGUAGAGUAGUCAGCCAUUCACCUAUGUGUAUAUGUCAACUUGGAUACACUGGUGAUCCAUUUUCACAAUGCAGUCCUAUGGCUCUUAUUCCAAACGAAAUUUUAAAUCCGUGCAAUCCAAGUCCGUGCGGCUCAAAUGCAAUAUGUAGAGAACAAAGAGGUGUUGGCUCUUGUCAGUGCUUAGAAGGGUAUUUUGGUAAUCCAUACGAAGGAUGCCGACCUGAAUGUGUAGUAAAUUCUGACUGCCCUUUAAACAAAGCUUGUACUCGGAUGAAGUGUGUGGAUCCAUGUCCUGGUACUUGUGGAAUUAAUGCUUUUUGUCAGAUCAAUAAUCACAUGCCAAACUGUAUUUGUCAUACUGGUUAUACAGGAAAUCCAUUUACGUAUUGUAGUAUAACACAAGAACCUCAAGUCGUAGAAACUAAACCCUGCAGUCCGUCACCGUGUGGAGCAAACAGUCAAUGUAAAGAAAUCAAAGGACAGGCAGUUUGUUCUUGCUUACCUUCUUUUGUUGGUUCACCGCCAUAUUGUCGUCCAGAAUGUGUUAUAAGCUCAGAAUGUCCGCCAAAUUUAGCUUGCAUUGACCAGAAGUGUUUAGAUCCUUGUAUAGGCAGUUGUGGAGAUAACGCUAAUUGCAAUGUUAUCAAUCAUAGUCCAAUUUGUGUAUGCAAGGCUGGGUUGACUGGAAAUCCCUUCACGAGAUGUUUUCCAAUUAAAGUUUCCCAGCCACCAGACUUACCAAAUCCAGAUCCAUGCUUGCCUUCACCAUGUGGUCUUUACGCAGAAUGUCGAAACACAGGUUCAGUGUCAUGCGCCUGCCUACCAGGUUAUAUUGGUAAUCCACCCAAUUGCCGACCAGAAUGCACAAUUAAUUCGGAAUGUGCCAGCAAUCUGGCUUGUAUAAAUGAAAAAUGUCAGGAUCCAUGUACAGGAGCAUGUGGUUUAAAUGCUAAAUGUUCUGUAUUUAAUCACAUUGCACAGUGUAGUUGCGUCGAUCAAUAUAAUGGCGAUCCAUUUGUGCAAUGUCUUCCUACACCAUUUAACGAAGAAUCAGCUGAGUACGAUCUUUGCAACCCUUCGCCAUGUGGUUCUAAUACUAUAUGUAAUAACGGUGAUUGUACUUGCCUUCCCGGCUAUAUGGGCGAUCCCUAUUUCGGAUGUAGACCAGAAUGUCUAAUAAAUACGGAUUGUGCUCAAAAUAAAGCAUGUAUCAAGAAUAAAUGUGUGGAUCCUUGUCUAAACACUUGUGGAUUACUAGCAGAAUGCAAAAUAUAUAAUCAUAUACCUAUGUGUAUUUGUCCACAAGGCUUCUCAGGAAAUGCUUUUCUUGAGUGUCGAAAAAUUGCAAUUUCUGAAGUAAUUAAUCCUUGUAAUCCAUCUCCUUGUGGGCCUAAUAGUCAGUGUAGAGAGAUUAACGGUCAAGCUAUUUGCACCUGUCUUCCUGGUUACAAAGGUGCCCCGCCUACGUGUAGACCUGAAUGUGUUACUAGCGCUGAAUGUGCUCUCGAUAGAGCUUGUUCUGGUCAAAGAUGUAUAGAUCCUUGCAAAGGAAACUGUGGAAUUAAUGCACAUUGUCAAGUUAUAAAUCAUAAUCCGAUUUGUUCAUGUCCAGCUGAUCUUACUGGUGAUCCUUUCAAUAAAUGUAUACAAAAAGAUAUUGAACAACAAAUUUAUGUCAAUCCUUGUGACCCUUCACCAUGUGGACCAAAUUCAAUUUGUAAACAAGUAUCCGGUUCACCUUCUUGUGCGUGCCUUGAAAAAUAUACUGGAAGUCCUCCAAACUGUCGUCCUGAAUGUAUCUCUAACAAUGAAUGUCCAAACGAAAAAGCAUGUAUAAAUCAAAACUGUAUCGAUCCUUGUCCAGGAUCUUGCGGAGUUGGAGCCGAAUGUCGGGUCCUUAGUCAUGCCCCUCAAUGUAUUUGUCCUGUAGGUUACACUGGAGACGGAUUUAUCGAAUGUAGAGUCAUAGAAAUAUCUCUUACACCAUGUUCGCCUUCUCCUUGUGGUCCUAAUGCUAUAUGUAAAGAGCAAAGAGGGGCGGGUUCUUGUAUAUGUCUUUCAGAAUAUAUUGGUAAUCCCUAUGAAGGCUGUCGACCCGAAUGUGUUAUCAAUUCUGACUGUCCUUCUAAUUUGGCUUGUAUGCAAAACAAAUGUAAAAAUCCGUGUGGAAACAUAUGUGGACGUAAUGCCGUAUGCAAUGUUGUUCAUCAUACCCCUAGAUGUACAUGUUUGCAAGAUCUUAUAGGCAAUCCAUAUCAAGAGUGUGUAGAAAGAAUGCUAGAUGCUCCUAAAAAUCCUUGUGAGCCCUCACCAUGUGGUCCUAACAGCAUUUGCAAAGUAUCGAACGAUCAAGCUAUUUGCACUUGUAAACCAAAUUACUUAGGAUCUCCUCCUAACUGCCGUCCUGAAUGCGUUAUUAGUUCCGAAUGUUCGCAACAACAAAGCUGUAUUAAUCAAAAGUGUAAAAACCCCUGUGAUGGCGUUUGUGGAAUUAACACAGAUUGUAAAGUUAUCAACCACAGUCCAAUAUGUACCUGUAAACUACAACACACAGGAGAUCCAUUUAGUAGAUGUUAUAAAGUACCUGAAGUGGUGCCUAUUGCGACAAAUCCUUGCCUUCCGUCACCCUGUGGACCAUUCUCGCAAUGUCAGAAUAUAAAUGACGUACCUUCUUGUUCCUGUUUACCACAAUAUAGUGGAAGCCCACCAAACUGUCGACCUGAGUGUUUAAUAAAUACUGAUUGCUCAAGCGACAAAGCGUGUAUAAAUGAAAAAUGUAUUGAUCCAUGUCCGGGUUCGUGUGGUAUGAACGCUGAAUGUAGAGUACAGAGUCACGUGUCUAUAUGUACAUGUCUAGAAGGUUACACUGGAGAUCCUUUUACAACUUGUACAAUUAAAAAAGAAAUUGAACCAGUGGCAAUUAAUUCAUGCAAUCCAUCACCUUGUGGACCUAAUUCGGUUUGUGACAACGGUAUAUGCACAUGUUUACCCGAAUAUAAUGGUGAUCCAUACUUUGGCUGCCGCCCUGAGUGUAUAAUAAGCUCUGAAUGUCCUAUGAACAAAGCUUGUGUUAGACAACGUUGUAUCAAUCCAUGUGACAAUACCUGCGGUACAAAUGCUCGUUGUGAAGUUGUAAACCAUAUGGCUAUGUGCACAUGUCCACCAAAUUUAACUGGCAACGCUUUUGUUCAAUGCAAUCCUAUUAAAGAUAUUACUCCACAGAACCCAUGUCAAGCUAGCCCAUGUGGACCUUUUAGUCAGUGCAGAGAAUAUAACACCCAAGCAGUAUGUUCUUGUUUAACGGGCUACCGUGGCGCACCUCCAUUGUGUCGCCCAGAAUGUGUCGCCAGCUCGGACUGCCCAUCUAAUAAAGCUUGUAGCAACCAAAAAUGCGUAAACCCUUGUAUAGGUGCUUGUGGUGUUGCCGCUAAAUGUCAAGUAAUAAAUCAUAAUCCUAUAUGUACUUGUUCGGAGGAAAUGACAGGAGAUCCUUUCACAAGAUGCAUUUUUAAGCCUCUUUUUGAACCUGUUAUACAUGUUAAUCCAUGCCAACCUUCGCCUUGUGGUCCAAAUUCUAUCUGCCAACGUUCUGAAGCAGAAUUCCCAUCAUGUCAAUGUAUGCCCAACUUCCUUGGAUCACCACCGAACUGUAGACCAGAAUGUAUAUCUAAUAAUGAAUGUGCUGCGCAAUUGGCAUGCGUUGACAAGAAAUGCAAAAAUCCGUGUCUUCAAGCAUGUGGAAUCAAUGCAGAGUGUAAAGUUAUUAGUCAUACAGCUGCGUGUUUUUGCCCCGAAGGCUAUAGUGGAGACGCUGCUAUUCAAUGCAUAUUAACUUCUUUGGUGCCUACCGAGCCUAUGUCACCUUGUUUACCUUCGCCAUGCGGCCCUAAUGCAGAAUGUAAAGAGAGAUCAGGUGCUGGAGCAUGCGUGUGUUUGUCAGGUUACUUUGGAGAUCCUUAUGAGAGUUGUCGUCCAGAAUGCGUCGUGAAUACAGACUGUCCCAGUAAUAAAGCCUGCAAAAGAAAUAAAUGCACUGAUCCAUGCCCUGGCACGUGCGCUAUCAAUGCUGAUUGUCAAGUAGUAAAUCACUCACCUUUGUGCACUUGUCGUGUAUCAUUUACUGGAGAUCCCUUUAGACAAUGUAUUUUAACAGAACGUGACGAAAAGCCAACAAAUCCUUGCCUGCCGUCACCUUGUGGACCUAAUAGUCAGUGUCGAAUAUCAAAUGGUUUAAGCAUAUGUUCCUGUUUACCGGAAUAUCGCGGAUCACCUCCAAACUGUAGACCUGAGUGCGUUGUUAGCACAGAAUGCCCUCAAGAUAAAACUUGUAAGAAUAAAAAAUGCAUAUCACCUUGCCCUGGACCAUGUGGGCAAAAUACAGACUGCAGAGUUAUUAACCAUAGUCCAAUUUGUACCUGUCUAAGCAAACACACUGGUGAUCCUUUCACAAAUUGUUAUAAAAUAACAGCUCCGAUUCGGCCUCCCAUAGAAAGUGACCCCUGUCUGCCGUCGCCAUGUGGACCUAACUCCGUGUGUUACAAUCGGAAUGGAAUUGCGUCAUGUUCCUGUCAACCUAACUUUGAAGGAAGUCCACCGAAUUGCCGACCAGAAUGUACUAUUAACGAAGAUUGUACCAGCAACCUUGCUUGUAUACAGCAGAAGUGUAGAGAUCCUUGCCCUGGUUCUUGUGGUCUCAACGCUAAUUGUCAUGUUAUGAAUCAUAUCUCAAUAUGUAUCUGUAAUGAAGGUUUUACAGGAAAUGCUUUCAUUCAAUGUAAUCCUGCUAAGAUAAAAGAUGAAAAUGAUUUAUGUAAUCCGUCACCUUGUGGGGCUAAUGCAGAAUGUAACGAUGGCAAAUGUAGUUGUAUUCCAGAAUUUCAUGGAGAUCCAUACGAUAGUUGUCGCCCCCAAUGUGUGCAAAGCUCGGACUGCGAACACGACAAAGCAUGUAUUAAAAAUAAAUGUACAAAUCCUUGUCCAGGAACUUGCGCACGCACUGCGAUUUGUAACGUAGUUAAUCACAUUCCUAUGUGUAGCUGCCCUGAACGUACAACGGGUAAUGCUUUCAUAGAAUGUCGACCUUUUGCCGAAUCGGUAAAUAUAAAUCCAUGUCACCCUUCUCCGUGCGGGCCAAACAGUCAAUGCCGUGAGGUAAACGGACAAGCUGUUUGUUCUUGCGCGCCCAGUAUGGUGGGUGCCCCACCCGCUUGCCGCCCCGAGUGUACCAUUAGCGCAGAAUGCCGGCUGGACCAAGCUUGUAGCAAUCAACGUUGUAUAAAUCCUUGCGUAGGAGCUUGUGGAUUGAAUGCUGAAUGCAAAGUUGUAAAUCAUAACCCGAUUUGUACGUGUCCAUCUCGCCUUACUGGUGACCCUUUCGCGCGAUGCUUUACCUUACCUGAGCGACUACCACAAGAUACUAAUGUAUGUACACCUUCGCCCUGCGGUCCUUAUUCAAUUUGUAAAGAAAUAAACGAACUUCCGUCGUGUACUUGUCAAGAAGGUUAUCACGGUCAACCUCCAUACUGCAAACCCGAGUGUUCGAGUAAUGAAGAAUGUCCAGCGUAUUUGUCUUGCAUACGUAUGAAAUGUAUCAAUCCUUGUGAAGGUGUAUGUGGCUUUAACAGUGAAUGUAAAGUCGUUAGUCAUUCCCCUAUAUGCCUUUGUAAACAUGGCUAUACAGGAGAUCCGUUCUUUGGUUGCAAUCGUGAAGUUUUACAAAUCGAAGCUUUCACAACUCCUUGUUCACCAUCACCAUGUGGAUCAAAUGCUUUAUGCAAGGAAAAAGCAAACGCCGGUUCGUGCAGUUGUUUAGAAGGCUAUAUUGGCAAUCCAUAUGAGGGAUGUCGACCGGAAUGUGUUAUAAAUACUGACUGCCCCUCUAAUAAAGCGUGUAUUAAUAAUAAAUGCAAAGAUCCAUGCCCUGGUAGUUGUAGCAACAAUGCUGUGUGUCAAGUUGUUAAUCACUUACCUUUGUGUACUUGCUUAAAUGGUUACACUGGAGAUCCGUUUAAAUAUUGCGUUUAUCAAGAAGCAGUUCAUGAGAUCACUCCGGUCGACAUAUGCUAUCCUUCCCCGUGUGGCCCUAACAGCCAAUGUAAAAAUGUCAAUGGCCAAGUAGCAUGUUCCUGUUUAUUGGGAUAUGUAGGAUAUCCACCAAAUUGUCGACCAGAGUGUGUAGUAAGCUCCGAAUGUCCAAAUGAUAAGGCUUGUGUUAACAAUAAGUGUAUCAAUCCUUGUCCCGAGCCUUGUGGUGUGAAUUCUAAUUGCAAAAUUAUCAACCACAGUCCGAUAUGCUCUUGUAAGACUUCAUAUACAGGAGAUCCUUUCACUUUAUGCACACCAAUUGCUUAUGAACCUAUAGCUGAUAUGAAGAACCCUUGUUUCCCAUCACCAUGUGGCCCUAACGCAGAAUGUAGAAAUAUUGGGAAUACUCCGUCUUGCUCUUGCCAUAUAAACUUUAUAGGCAGCCCACCUAACUGUCGUCCUGAAUGCAGUAUACAUGCGGAUUGUGCAAGUGAUCGAGCUUGUAUAAACUCUAAAUGUCAGGAUCCUUGUCCUGGAUCAUGCGGUAUAUCAGCUGUAUGCAAUGUACUUAAUCACAUACCCAUUUGCACGUGUGUAGAGGGUUACAUUGGAGAUCCAUUUACAAACUGUAGGCAGCAACCUUUGGAAGUGGAACCUGUUGUUACUGAUGCUUGUUCAAAUGUGCGAUGUGGGUCGAAUGCUGAAUGUAUCAAUGGCCAAUGCCAAUGUCUACCAGAAUAUCAUGGUGAUCCAUACUUUAACUGUCGACCAGAAUGUGUUUUUAGCACUGAUUGCGAUAUUAAAAAAGCUUGCGUACAGCAAAAAUGUGUUGAUCCCUGUAUCGGCACUUGCGGAGUAAAUGCGAUUUGCCAAGUAGUGAACCAUAUUCCUAUGUGUACAUGUAAUAAUGGAUUUACUGGAAAUGCUUUUGUAGUUUGCAAUCCAAUAAGAGUACCAGCAUCUGAACAUCCUUGUAGUUCAGCUAUGUGUGGGCAGAAUAGCCAAUGUCGCGAAAUAAACAAUCAAGCUGUAUGUUCUUGCUUACCCGAUUAUUUGGGUGUACCACCUGCUUGUCGUCCAGAAUGUGUUGUAAAUGCAGAAUGCUCUCAAAACAAAGCAUGCAUAAAACAAAAAUGCGUAAAUCCAUGUAUUGGUUCUUGUGGAAUUAGAGCAACGUGUGAAGUCAUUAAUCACAAUCCUGUCUGUGCUUGUCCAGGUGGAUUUUCAGGAGAUCCAUUUGUAGAGUGUUCAUAUAUAACAAAUAUUGCUCCAGUAAAAUUAAAUCCUUGCUCGCCUUCACCUUGUGGGCCUAAUUCAAUAUGCCUAGAAUUAAAUGGAAACCCUUCGUGCAGUUGCAUGCCAGAUUUCAGGGGACAGCCACCAUAUUGCAAACCAGAAUGUGUAAGCAAUAGUGAAUGCUCGCCACACUUAGCAUGUAUCAAGCAGAGAUGUAAAGACCCUUGUAUUGACGCUUGCGGAAUAAAUGCUGACUGUCGUGUCGUAAGCCAUUCUGCUAUGUGUGUUUGCUCUCAGGGAUACGAAGGCGAUCCUUUCACACAAUGUUUUGUAAAAACAGCUAUCGAAAUACUUACACCGUGCUCUCCAUCACCAUGUGGAUCAAAUGCAGUAUGCAAGGAGCAAAAUAAAGUAGGUUCAUGUUUGUGUAAUGAAGGCUAUUUCGGAAAUCCUUAUGAAAGUUGUCGUCCGGAAUGUGUUUCAAAUUCUGACUGCCCAGGAAAUAGGGCAUGUAUCAAUAAUAAGUGUCAAGAUCCUUGCCCUGGUACCUGUGGAGUAAACGCUGAAUGUGCAACUGUAAAUCAUUCACCCACAUGUUUCUGUAUAUCGGGCUACACUGGCGAUGCUUUCCGAAGAUGUACAUUUGUACCUUUACAAGAUGCAGCUCCUGUAAAUGUUUGCUACCCGAGUCCGUGUGGUCCGAACAGUCAAUGUAAACUUAUCAACGAUCAAGCAGCUUGUAGUUGUUUACCAAACUUUAUGGGUGAACCACCAGUCUGCAGACCCGAAUGUCUACUUAAUUCAGAUUGCGAAUCAAAUAAAGCAUGCAUACACCAAAAGUGUAUAAAUCCUUGUCCAGGUCCAUGUGGCCAGAAGGCAGACUGUAGGGUUAUUCAUCAUAAUCCAAUUUGUAGUUGCUUACCUGGAUAUACUGGUGAUCCAUUUACAAGAUGUUAUGUUAAAGCAGUAUUACAACCACAGUUGAAUGAAGAACGAGAUCCAUGUGUGCCGUCUCCUUGUGGCCUUAACGCUAUAUGCCGUAAUGUAGGUGGACAGCCAAGUUGUUCUUGCUCUUUAGGCUAUUUUGGGAGUCCACCUAAUUGUAAGCCGGAGUGUACUACAAAUCAAGACUGUAUCAGCUCCUUGGCAUGCUCUAAUGAGAAAUGUAUUGAUCCUUGUCCAGGGUCUUGUGGUAAAAAUGCGAAAUGUUUUGUGAAUAAACAUAUAGCUAUUUGCACAUGCCUUGAAGGCUAUAAGGGUGAUCCUUUCUUUGCAUGUGAAGUCGAACCAUUGCAAGACACAACAAUUGAUAUGUGUAAUCCAUCUCCUUGUGGCUCAAAUACUGAAUGUAAAAAUGGAGAAUGUUCAUGCCUGCCAGAGUAUCACGGUGAUCCUUACAUUGGUUGCCGACCAGAGUGUACAGUUAGUUCAGAUUGUGCGAAAAAUCUAAUUUGUAGCUCAAAAAAAUGCACUAAUCCAUGCCCAGAUAUGUGUGGCUAUAAUGCUAUAUGUGAGGUAGUAAAUCAUGUUCCAAUGUGCAGCUGUCCUGUUGGAUAUACUGGCAAUUCUUUUGUUUCUUGUAACGUAAUUCAAGCUCCUAUGCCUACAAACCCUUGCAAUCCUAGUCCUUGCGGACCAAACAGUCAAUGCCGAGAAAUAAACAACAUUGGAGUGUGUUCGUGUAUUUCGGGAUACAUUGGAAAUCCGCCCACUUGCAGAAUUGAGUGCUCAACCAGCUCUGAAUGUCCUUUAAACAAAGCUUGUAAUAACUACAAGUGCUUAAAUCCAUGCAAUGGUGCAUGUGGAAUUGGUGCACACUGUGAAGUUGUUAAUCAUAACCCUAUUUGUUCGUGUCCGACUGAUUUUACAGGAGAUCCAUUUACUAGAUGUAUUCCAAGGCCUCUUGAAACACCGCCUCAAAUAAAUGCAUGUGUUCCUUCACCUUGCGGACCUAAUUCUAUUUGCCAAUCAAUAAACAACACACCUUCUUGUUCUUGUAUGCCGGAGUUCGUGGGAAAUCCGCCCAAUUGUCGUCCAGAAUGCACUAGCAACAGUGAAUGUUCAAAUCAUUUAGCUUGCAUAAAUAACAUUUGUAAAGAUCCAUGCAUAGGAGCAUGUGGCUCGUUAGCCCAAUGUCGAGUCGUCAGUCAUACUCCAAAUUGUUUAUGCCCACAAGGAUAUAAAGGAGAUCCGUUUGUAGCUUGUGAAAUACAGAGCAUUCAGAUUAUUGAACAACCAACUCCGUGUACCCCAUCACCUUGUGGCAGCAAUGCUAUAUGCAAGGAACGUGACAACGUUGGCUCUUGUAUGUGUUCUCCCGGUUAUUUUGGAAAUCCAUAUGAAGGAUGUCGACCUGAGUGCACGGUCAAUACGGACUGUCCAUCUAACAAAGUAUGUCAACAGAACAAAUGUCAAGAUCCUUGUCCCGGAACGUGUGCUGUUAAUGCAGAUUGUCAAACAGUUAAUCAUGUACCUUUGUGUACUUGCAAUCCUGGUUAUACAGGAAAUCCAUUCCAAAAUUGUUUUGUAAAAAAAGAAGUUGAAAUGGUUUCUGAUCCCUGCAGACCAUCGCCCUGUGGACCAAACAGCAUUUGUAAAAUACGCAAUGAGCAAGCAAUAUGUAGCUGUAAACAAGACUAUAGAGGCUCUCCACCGAACUGCAGACCUGAAUGUAUUAUCAGUGCAGAAUGUCCUGCUGAUAAAGCAUGUGUUUCACAAAAGUGUAGCAAUCCUUGCAAUGGCGAAUGUGGACAGAAUGCAAAAUGUUUAGUAAUAAAUCAUAGUCCUAUUUGUACAUGUUUAGAUCACUUCACAGGUGAUCCUUUCAGUCGAUGCUAUCCUAUAAAAGCAUAUAUUCCGGACUUGCAAGAAAAUCCAUGCCUACCGUCGCCAUGUGGUCCAUUUAGUGAAUGUAAAGAAAAUAAUGGCAUUCCGUCAUGUACAUGCUUAGAUAAUUAUUUAGGUUCACCGCCUAAUUGUAGGCCUGAAUGUGUCAUCAGUGCGGAUUGUUCUAGUAACUUAGCAUGUAUUCAUAAUCAGUGUAUAGAUCCGUGUCCAGGAUCAUGUGGAAUCAAUGCCCAAUGUCUAGUGAAAAACCACACACCUAUUUGUAUAUGCUUAGAAAAUUUUGUAGGAGAUGCUUUUACUGAAUGUAAGAUCAAAGUUGCAGAUGUAACAAGUGACGAAAAUAAUCCUUGUGUUCCGUCGCCAUGUGGACCAAAUGCGGUAUGUGAUAACGGCAUAUGUUCUUGUCUACCGGAAUUUCAAGGAGAUCCAUACUUUGAAUGCCGUCCUGAAUGCAUUCUCAGUUCAGAUUGUGCCCAAAACAAAGCUUGCUAUAAAAAUAAAUGUAUCAAUCCUUGUAACAGUGAAGUGUGUGCCCAUAAUGCAAUUUGCGAAGUUAUAAAUCACAUACCAAUGUGUAGAUGUCCUGAUAAUAUGUCUGGAAAUGCUUUUAUUGAAUGUAGAAUACUAGAAGUUGAAAGACCGCAACCAUGUCAACCGAGUCCCUGCGGUCCAAAUAGCCAAUGUCGCGAUAUAAACGGCCAAGCGGUUUGUUCAUGUUUAAUUGGAUAUAUCGGAAGUCCGCCAUCUUGCAGACCAGAGUGUAUGGUUAGCACAGACUGUCGGCCAGAUGAAGCAUGCAGCAACAGAAAAUGUAUCAAGCCCUGUCAAGGUGCUUGUGGUAUUAAUGCAAAAUGUCAGGUUAUCAAUCACAAUCCAAUUUGUUCCUGUCCAACAUCCUAUACUGGUGAUCCAUUUAUUAGAUGUGUACAUCAAGAAAUAUUACCAGAUAAAAUCGAUGCAUGCAUUCCUUCACCAUGUGGACCAAAUUCUAUUUGUAGAGAAAGUUCAGGAACCCCUACAUGUUCAUGUAAAGUAGGCUAUUUCGGUGCGCCUCCUUAUUGUAAGCCAGAAUGUAUCAUUAACUCAGAGUGCUCUACACAAAAAGCUUGUAUAAACGAAAAAUGUGUUAAUCCAUGCGAAAAUGCCUGUGGAGCUAACGCAGAGUGUCAUGUAAUAAGCCACUCACCUUCAUGUUUUUGCCUUGAAGACUAUACAGGUAAUCCAUUUAUUGAAUGCCACAGAAUAGAAAGAGUGCAAGAGAUAUUAUCGCCUUGUCAGCCAUCUCCUUGUGGAGCAAAUGCUAUAUGUAAAGAAUUUAAGGGUGCCGGAGCAUGCACAUGCUUACCUGACUUUAUUGGUAAUCCGUAUGAAGGUUGCAGACCAGAAUGUCUUAUAAACUCAGAUUGUCCCGCAAACAAAGCAUGUAUCGUAAAUAAAUGUAAAGAUCCGUGUCCUGGUGCUUGCGCACCUAAUGCCGUAUGUCAAGUUGUAAGCCAUGCACCUUCAUGUUCAUGUAAUCCAGGUUUAACAGGAGAUCCCUUCCAAUAUUGUGUGCAACAAAAACCUUUAAACGAUGUGAUCAAUGUAUGUCAACCAUCUCCAUGUGGACCUAACAGUCGUUGCCAAGAAGUAAAUAAACAAGCCGUUUGUUCAUGUAUGCCAGAUUACUCAGGGUCCCCUCCAGGCUGCCAUCCUGAAUGUGUUAUCAGUACAGAAUGUCCAACUGAUAAGGCCUGUUUAAAUCAAAAAUGUAGUAACCCGUGUGUUGAUGUUUGUGGCAUUAACACCGAAUGCAGGGUUAUUAAUCAUAGUCCUGUAUGUAGCUGUAAAGCUCUUUACACUGGUGAUCCAUUUACGAGGUGUAAUCCAUUGCCACCUCCAAUAGCAAAUAUCGAAGUGGAACCAUACAAAAACCCUUGUAUUCCAUCUCCGUGUGGACCUCACGCUAUUUGUCAAGAAAUUGGGAAAAUACCAUCAUGUACGUGUAUGCCGAAUUUUGUGGGAAGUCCGCCAAAUUGUAGACCGGAGUGCGUCGUUAAUUCAGAAUGUUUAUCAUCACAAGCCUGCAUGCAACAAAAAUGUCAAGAUCCGUGUGAAGGGUCAUGUGGAAUAGGAGCCUUAUGCUCAGUUUCAAGGCAUGUACCUAUUUGUACUUGCCCGGAAGGUUACACAGGCGAUGCUUUCAGCGUAUGUUUGCCCAAAGCUCAACCAGAUUUCGAUUUUGUCGAUAUAUGUAAUCCAUCACCCUGUGGGCCGAACGCUUUAUGCAAAGAUGGUAAAUGUUCUUGUUUAGAAGAACAUCAAGGAGAUCCAUACAUCGGAUGCCGACCAGAAUGUGUUAUUAGCAAUGAUUGCCCUAGAGACAAAGCAUGUGUUAAAAACAAAUGUAUAGACCCAUGUCCUGGGGCAUGUUCUACAUCAGCUGAAUGCAAUGUUGUGAAUCAUAUUCCUAUGUGCAGUUGCUUACAAGGCAUGACAGGCAAUGCUUUCUAUGGUUGUGAACCAAUUAGAGCUCCAAUAGUAAGUAGCCCUUGUUCACCUUCACCAUGUGGACCAAACAGUCAAUGCCGAGAAAUAAAUGGACAAGCAGUUUGCACCUGUGUACCUAGUUAUAUAGGUAGCCCACCACUAUGUCGACCAGAGUGUGUAGUCAGCUCCGACUGUAAAUCAAAUAAAGCUUGUAGUAAUCAGAAAUGUAUUGACCCGUGUAAGGGUUCAUGCGGAGUGGCAGCUAAAUGUACGGUGGUGAAACAUAAUCCUAUAUGUACUUGUCCACCCCAAUAUACCGGAGAUCCGUUUGUUAGAUGUUUACCUUUUAGUCCUGUUAUUGCUGAUACAACACCUUGCGUUCCGUCGCCUUGUGGCCCUAAUGCUAUAUGCAAAGAAGUAUUAGGUUCGCCAUCGUGUGCUUGCCUGCCCAAUUUCUUUGGUUCUCCGCCAUAUUGUAGACCAGAAUGCUCUAGUAAUAGUGAAUGUCCAAUUAAUCAAGCGUGUGUCAACCAAAAAUGCAAAGAUCCUUGCAUCAAUAUUUGCGGCCAAAAUGCUAAUUGUAGGGUUAUUAGUCAUUCGCCAAUGUGUUUCUGUGAUUUAGGGUAUGAAGGUGAUCCAUUUUCACACUGUCAUCUUCAAAAACAACCUAUUCCCGAACAAACAUCUCCUUGUGAGCCUUCUCCGUGUGGUGCAAAUGCAAUUUGUAAGGAACAUAAUUUAGCAGGUUCUUGCAUUUGUCUACCUGAUUAUAUUGGAAACCCCUAUGAAGGUUGCCGCCCCGAAUGUACAGUAAAUACAGAUUGCCCCCCAAAUAGAAGUUGCAUUCGAAAUAAAUGCCAAGACCCCUGUCCUGGUACUUGUGGGCCUAUGGCUAUAUGUGAAACUAUAAAUCAUUCACCAGUUUGCAGUUGUUCUCCUGGCUAUACUGGUGAGCCGUACUACAGAUGUGAUAAAUUGAAAGAGUCGAGUGUGGAACCUACGCCUUGCGUACCAAAUCCUUGCGGCCCAAAUAGUGUAUGUCAAUCAUACAACGGUCAAAGUACAUGUUCCUGUAUGCAUAAUUAUGUCGGUUCUCCACCUGGAUGUCGACCAGAAUGCACGGUCAGCUCCGAAUGUCCGAGUAACAAAGCUUGUAUUAAUUUAAAAUGUGUGGACCCAUGUCCAAGUCAUUGCGGAAUUAAUUCUGAAUGCAGAGCUCUAAGUCAUAGCCCCAUUUGUUCAUGUAUGCCUGGUUACACAGGAGAUCCAUUUACACGAUGCUAUAGCCAACCACAAAUACCAGAACUCGAUCCAAUUCGGGAUCCUUGUGUUCCUAAUCCGUGUGGAGACAAUGCUAUUUGUAGAGACGCUAACGGCGUUCCAUCGUGUUCUUGUAUGUCAAAUUUCCAAGGACUUCCUCCAAAUUGUCGUCCCGAAUGCGCAAUCAAUCAAGACUGUCCGUCAAACAUGGCAUGUAUUAAUAUGAGAUGUCGCGAUCCAUGUCCAGGCAGUUGUGGACAAAAUGCUAUGUGCACAGUAUUCAACCAUUUCCCGGCAUGUACAUGUACUCCAGGCUUUUCUGGUGACCCUUUUACUAGGUGUAAUUUGAUUCCACCAAUUCAAGAUGUACAAACUCCAGAUCCUUGUAACCCUUCACCAUGUGGUUUUAACGCCGAAUGUUACAAUGGAAUAUGCACGUGUUUAAAAGACUACUAUGGAGACCCUUACAUAGGUUGUAAACCGGAAUGUAUAACAAAUAUGGAGUGCCCAAUUGAUAAAAUAUGCUCAAGUAAUAAAUGUACAAAUCCUUGCCCUGGUGCCUGUGCCACAACAGCCGAAUGUAUUGUUUACAAUCAUAUUCUUGUGUGCUCAUGUCCACAAGGAAUGACUGGAAAUGCUUUCAGCGAAUGCUACACAACUGAAAUUACACAAAUACAACCUUGUAACCCUAGUCCAUGUGGGCCUAACAGCCAAUGUAGAGCAGUAAAUAAACAAGCCAUGUGUUCAUGCUUACCGAGCUUUAUCGGCUCUCCGCCUUCUUGUCGGCCAGAAUGUACUAUAAGCGCUGAUUGCUCUCUUGACGAAGCCUGCAAUAAUCAAAAAUGUAUAAAUCCGUGCAAAGGCAGCUGCGGAUAUGGCGCAAGGUGUGAAGUAAUCAAGCACAAUCCUAUUUGUUCAUGUCCAGCUCAAUAUACAGGAGAUCCAUUUACAAAAUGUGUUCCGAUCGUAUCAGCACCAUUAAGUCCUAUUGAUCCUUGUACGCCAUCACCAUGUGGACCUUAUUCAAUAUGUAAAGUAAUCGGCGAGUCCCCGUCAUGCUCGUGUCAGGUUAAUUAUGUUGGAGCUCCGCCCACCUGUCGUCCUGAAUGUAUCAGUAAUUCUGAAUGCCCAACAAAUUUGGCAUGUAUUAACCAGAAAUGUAAAGACCCUUGUCCAGAAACGUGCGGAUAUAAUUCUGAUUGCAAAGUGGUCAGCCAUGCGUUAAUUUGUUCUUGUCCAUAUAGCCACACAGGCGAUCCGCUUGUUUCCUGCUAUCCUAUCAAAGAUUCUGGUAUUGAAUACAGUUCACCAUGUGAGCCUUCGCCAUGCGGCCUUAACGCAGAAUGCGUGGAAAGAAAUGGCGCCGGUUCAUGUAAAUGUCUCGAAGAUUUUAUUGGUAACCCCUAUGAAGGCUGUCGGCCAGAAUGUGUUGUUAAUACGGAUUGUAGCCCAACACUAGCCUGUAUUCAAAAUAAGUGUAAGGAUCCAUGUCCUGGUAUCUGUGCACCGAAUGGAAUAUGUCAAGUCGUAAAUCAUUUACCCUCAUGUCACUGUCCUAUGGGACUUACAGGAGAUGCAUACACGUAUUGUAUUGACAAAGUGGAAGACUUUGUAAAAAUAACGCCAUGCAAUCCCUCACCUUGCGGUCCUAACAGUCAGUGUCGAGAAGUGAAUUCUCAGGCAGUGUGCAGUUGUAGCGACUCAUACGUGGGAACGCCGCCCAAUUGUCGUCCUGAAUGUACAAUCAACAGUGAAUGUGAAACUAAUAAAGCAUGCGUUAACCGAAAAUGCGUCGAUCCCUGUAUAGGACAGUGCGGUAGGAACGCUAAUUGCAGAGUUAUUGCACACAACCCAAUGUGCUCGUGCCAAGAACAUUUCACCGGAGAUCCGUUCUCUUUUUGUAUGCCUCAACCAACAUCGAUCGUUCCUCCCCAAAGUAGCAUAAACCCGUGCUUGCCGUCGCCGUGCGGCGCGCACGCGGAGUGCUCGGAGCGCGGGGGCGCGGUGCGCUGCAGCUGCCGCUCGGGCUACACGGGCACGCCGCCGCGCUGUCGGCCUGAAUGCACGCUCAGCUCUGAGUGCAGCGCCGUCCAGGCGUGCAUCAACAACCGCUGCGUCGACCCAUGUCCGGGCGCGUGUGGAGUUAAUGCACAGUGCAUUGUUAACAAUCAUCUACCUAUCUGUUCCUGCUUACAGAGUUACACUGGCGAUCCGUUUACGAGUUGCAAUUUUGUAGUUCAAGAUGUCGAACCGAGUAAUCCAUGCUCUCCGUCACCUUGCGGAACAAAUGCGGUUUGUAAAGACGGUGUUUGUUCUUGUUUGCCAGAAUUUCUUGGAAACCCUUACUUUGGAUGCAAGCCAGAAUGCGUAUUAAACUCUGACUGUCUACGAAAUAAAGCUUGUAUAAGAAAUAAAUGUAGCGAUCCUUGCAUUGGUACAUGUGGUAGUGACGCACUGUGUGAAGUUAUUAAUCAUAUACCAAUUUGCUCAUGUCCUUCUGGAACUUCAGGCGAUCCUUUCAGUUAUUGUACAAAAAUAAUUGAGCCUGUAACCAAAAAUUUAUGUGAACCAUCACCCUGUGGCUCUUAUAGUCAGUGCAGAGAGAUAAACGGUCAUGCAGUAUGCGUUUGCGUUCAAGGCUACAUUGGUAAUCCUCCGAACUGUCGUCCAGAAUGUACAGUGAGCUCCGAUUGCCCAUUAUAUCAAGCUUGUUCGAAUCAAAAAUGUAUAGACCCUUGUCCCGGAGCUUGUGGGCGAAACACUCAUUGUGUUGUUGUUAAACAUAAUCCAAUUUGCAGAUGUUUGUCUGGAUUUUCAGGAGAUCCAUUUUCAGUGUGUCAACGAAUUCCAUUAAUGUCACCAGUCAAAAUUAAUCCGUGUUUGCCCUCACCAUGUGGACCUAAUUCAGCUUGUAUUGAAAAAGAAAAUGACGCAGAUUGUAAAUGUCUGCCUGAAUUCAUAGGUUUACCUCCUAGUUGUCGCCCUGAGUGCACAAGCAAUACCGAUUGCGAUACUAAUAAAGCUUGUAUUAAUAAAAAAUGUCGCGAUCCUUGUCUAGGCUCUUGCGGAGUCAAUGCACAAUGCCGCGUUGUAAGUCAUACACCAAUGUGCUCAUGCCAAAAUGGCUACACUGGUGAUCCUUUCCAGUAUUGCACUGUAAAAGUAGCCCAAAUUACGCAAGAAAGACCGACACCGUGUAUUCCUUCUCCUUGUGGAGCUAAUGCUGAAUGUAAAGAACGAAAUAAUAUUGGGUCAUGUACCUGUAUACCAGGAUAUUUCGGCGAUCCUUAUGUCGCUUGUAAGCCAGAAUGCUUAUUGAAUUCGGAUUGUUUGGCAAACCAAGCUUGUCACUUGAACAAAUGUCACGAUCCUUGCCCUGGAACAUGUGGUGUUAAUGCAUUAUGUAAUGUCGUCAAUCAUAUACCCAGUUGUAACUGUCCCGCCCAACAUUUUGGAGAUCCAUAUAAAAUAUGUUUGUUUAAACCACUGAUGGAAAUAAUAGAUCCUUGUGAUCCUUCGCCAUGUGGACCGAAUAGCUUAUGCAAAGUUCAAAACGAUUUAGCUAUCUGUACCUGUGUGAGCGGGUACUUGGGAUCUCCACCCGAGUGUCGUCCAGAAUGCAUAACAAACUCUGAAUGUCCUCUUGACAAAACAUGCGAAAAUUUAAAAUGUAUUUCACCUUGCCCCAGAGGAUGCGGCAUUAACACUGACUGUCGGACAAUCAAGCAUAAUCCUAUUUGUUCUUGUAAAGAAGGAUAUACAGGAGAUCCAUUUUCAAUUUGUCAUAAAGUUAUUAAAAUCGAAAACUCUUUAAUGGGACCAGUAAAUCCUUGUGUACCUUCUCCUUGUGGAAUUAACGCUGAGUGCAGAAAUAUAGGUGGAAUGCCUUCUUGCACAUGUUUGCCUCAGUAUAUUGGAAGUCCGCCGAAUUGUAAACCAGAAUGUGUUUUAAACACCGAUUGUGGCAAUAACAAGGCUUGUAUAAACAUGAAAUGUCUUGACCCAUGUUUAGGAUCGUGCGGCAUACUCGCAAUAUGUAACGUCGUGAAACAUGUCCCUGUUUGUUCUUGCCCAAACGGUUACGAAGGCGAUCCGUUCGUGGCUUGUAAUGUUAAAGAACAAGAAAUAAUCCAAAAUAUCGAUCCAUGCAACCCAUCACCUUGUGGGCCUAAUGCUAUAUGCAGCAACAACGGCGUUUGUUCAUGCCUACCGGAGUACCACGGCGACCCAUACUUCAGCUGCCGCCCCGAGUGCGUGCUGAGCUCGGACUGCGCGCCCACACAGGCGUGCGCGAGGAACAAAUGCGUUGAUCCUUGUCGCGACAUGUGCGGCCUCAACGCUGAGUGUCAAGUCUACAAUCACGUGGCGGUGUGCAGCUGUCCGAGUGGCAUGUCAGGAAAUGCGUUUUACGAAUGUUUUAACAUAAAAAUUUCCGUUAUCAGACCAUGUGAGCCAUCUCCAUGCGGACCCAAUAGUAUAUGUAGAGAAUUUAACGGCCAAGCAGUUUGUUCCUGCAUUGAAGGAUUCGUGGGUAAUCCACCAAGCUGCAGACCCGAGUGUAUCCAAAGCACGGACUGUUCUCCAUCUUUAGCUUGUAUAAAUAGAAAAUGUCAAGACCCAUGUCCAGGAUCGUGUGCUUCUAAUGCGAUAUGCAACGUGAAUAAUCACAACCCUAUAUGUUCUUGUCCACCCAGAUACACAGGAUCUCCUUUUUCACGCUGUUACGUUCAACUCGUGGAAGAACAUCACAUUAAUCCAUGCUCCUCAUCUCCUUGUGGAUCUAACAGUAUAUGUAAAACACUACCGAACGGGGAUUCUUAUGUUUGUUCAUGUGAACCUACAUUUGAAGGGAACCCACCCAAUUGCAAACGCGAAUGUACUUAUAACGAGGAUUGCGCUUCUGACAAGACUUGCAUAAAUUACAAAUGCAAGAAUCCCUGCCCUGCAUCUUGUGGUCUAAACACUUUGUGUACAGUUCGUCUUCAUACAGUUAUGUGUUCUUGUCAAGAAGGUUACUCGGGAGAUCCAUUUUUAUCGUGUUUCCAAAUACCACAAAUAACGUCAAAAGACCCAUGCAGUCCAACACCCUGCGGAAUCAACGCUCGCUGCAGGGUUACUAGAGAUAACGCACCUGUUUGUGCUUGCGAACCUGGAUAUUUUGGAAAUCCUUACGAAAAUUGUCGGCCUGAAUGCGUCAUUAAUACUGACUGUCCUUACAACAAAGCCUGCCGCAACAACAAAUGUGAAGAUCCUUGUCCAGGUGCAUGCGGCACUACUGCUAUUUGCGAAGUUAUAAAUCAUUUACCAACUUGCAAAUGCUCAAUUGGAUAUACAGGAAAUCCAUAUGCAUAUUGCCAUGUUAUUAUAAAUGAACCUGAACCUGCAUUAGGAAAUCCUUGCAUACCUAACCCAUGUGGAAGCAAUAGUAUUUGUAAAGAUAAUAAAGGCGUAGCUUCUUGCUCUUGUAUACCUAACUAUAUUGGAACCCCGCCUGAUUGUCGUCCCGAGUGUACUGUUAACUCAGAAUGUGAAAGAUCAAAAAGUUGUAUAAAUCAAAGAUGUGUUGAUCCGUGUAUCGGGGUUUGCGGACAAAAUGCUGAGUGCAGAGUAAUUAACCAUGCACCUGUUUGUUCUUGUCGAGAGAAUUUCGAUGGAGACCCAUUCACAAGAUGUGCCAUAAGAGAAAAAAUACCACCGAUUGACACUAAUCCUUGUAUACCAUCACCUUGUGGUCCUAAUUCUUUGUGCCAAAUAACUAAUAAGAUACCCAUAUGCUUUUGUAUGGAUAAUUUCAUUGGAUCGCCACCAAAUUGUAGAGCAGAAUGUGCCGUCAAUUCCGACUGUCCAAACAGCAAAGCUUGCAUCAAUCGCAAAUGUAAAGAUCCCUGUUAUGGGUCCUGCGGACUUCAAACCGUGUGUCAUGUUUAUCAACAUUCCGCUGUGUGCACUUGCAAAGAAGGUUAUACUGGCAAUCCAUUUGAGAGUUGUCAUGCUACUGAAGUUAUAGAACAUAUACCCGCUAUGUAUGAUAAAUGUAACCCGAGUCCUUGUGGGGCAAACGCAGAUUGUAAUGAUGGAGUAUGUAAAUGUAAAAAUAACUUCUUCGGCAAUCCAUAUAUGAGCUGUCGCCCUGAGUGCACUCAUAAUUCGGACUGUGCGCCAAACAUGGCAUGCUACAGAAAUAAAUGUUAUAACCCUUGCACUAACCUAUGUGGUGAAAAUGCAUCAUGUGAUGUAUACAAUCAUAUUCCUAUGUGUAGUUGUCCUCCAAAUAGCAUCGGAAAUGCCUUCUUCAAGUGUAUUCCUGAAAAAGCUGUACAACAAAAGCAAAAUCCUUGUUCACCAUCUCCUUGCGGUCCCAACAGCCAGUGUCGUAUUGUUCAUGAUCAGGCUAUAUGCUCAUGUCUGUUGGGCUAUAUAGGAAUACCACCAUCAUGUCGUCCUGAGUGCUUAGUAGAUUCGGACUGCCCCAGUGUUUUGUCAUGCUCUAAUCAAAAAUGUGUGGACCCUUGUCGAGGAUCAUGUGGCAUUAAUGCAGAAUGUCAAGUCAACAAUCAUAAUCCUAUUUGCUAUUGCCGUAACGGACUUACUGGUGAUCCGUUUAGUCGUUGUUUGGAAAUACAUCAUGUAAAUCCUCCUACAAAUACACCUUGCAUUCCAUCACCAUGUGGACCAAACGCUUUGUGCCGGGAAGUUGGUGAAACGUCAUCUUGUACUUGUUUGAGUGGUUUUGUUGGGAAACCGCCGUACUGCCGCCCCGAAUGUAUCACCAAUAGUGAAUGUAGUUUCGAUAAGUCUUGUAUUAAUAACAAAUGCGUUGAUCCAUGCAUUGGUGCUUGUGGCCAAAAUGCAAUUUGUCGUGUUGUUAGUCAUUCACCGCUCUGCUUAUGUCAAUCUGGUUAUGAAGGAGAUGCUUUUGAUCUAUGUUAUCCAGUCAAAGUGCCAACACAAAAACCACAUAUACAAGUUAAUUCAUGUUCGCCCAAUCCAUGCGGUCCAAAUGCAUUAUGUCAGGAAAGAAAUAAUGCUGCUAGUUGUAUGUGCAUCAGCGGAUUCUUUGGAAACCCUUACGAAGGAUGUAGACCGGAAUGCUUGAUAAAUUCUGAUUGCUCACAAAAUCUAGCAUGCCUUAAUAAUAAAUGCCAAGACCCCUGUCUCGGUUUCUGUGGAAUUAAUUCUGAAUGCCAAGUAGUUAAUCAUGUGCCAAAAUGUUAUUGUGUAGUUGGUUACGCAGGCAAUCCAUAUGAGCGCUGUAUUUUGAAAGAAGAGAAACCCACAGAUCCUUGUAAUCCUUCUCCUUGCGGACCUCACAGUUCGUGUAGAUUAAUUAACGAACAAGCAAUUUGUACUUGUCUACCUGAAUAUCAGGGAACCCCACCUAACUGUCGAUCUGAAUGUGUCACGAGCUCUGAAUGUCCUCUGAAUAGAGCGUGUAUAAAACUUAAAUGCGUUGAUCCAUGUAUUGAAACCUGUGGUGAAAAUGCCCAAUGUCGAGUACAUCAUCACAGUCCGUACUGUACUUGUGUUGAAGGCUAUGAUGGAGAUCCAUUUAUAAGAUGUACUAAAGAAAAGAAAAUAACCCAAAUAGCUACAAAUCCAUGUUCACCAAAUCCUUGUGGAAUGUAUUCAUACUGUCAAGAGGUCCAAGGAUCAGCUUCAUGCAGUUGUAAACCAGGAUACUUUGGUGUGCCUCCACGUUGUUCACCAGAAUGUACAAUAAACGAAGAUUGUUCUAGAAAUAAAGCUUGUGUACGCGAAAAAUGUGUCGAUCCCUGCAUAGGAUCCUGUGGCGUUAAUACAAAUUGCCGCGCGUCUGAUCAUUUGGCUAUUUGUAUUUGCCUACCAGGCUAUAAAGGAGAUCCAUUUAUAGGAUGUUAUGUAAUGGAAAAAGAUUUCGAAGUAUUACCACCUCUGGAUUCCUGUACACCAUCGCCAUGUGGUGUCAACGCUCUAUGUGAUAAUGGAACUUGUUCAUGCAUUACUGGAUAUUAUGGAAACCCUUAUAUCGGAUGUCGACCAGAAUGUACAACGGACAACGAAUGUCAGAAACAAUUUGCAUGCAUCAAUUACAAAUGUAUCAAUCCUUGUAAAAAUGCGUGUGGUAUAGAUGCAAUAUGCAAUGUUUAUAACCAUAUAGCAAUAUGUGACUGUCCCGCGCCUCUUCGAGGAGAUCCAUUCAUCGCUUGUCACCCUGUAAUAGCACCAGUAGUAACAGUUCCGUGUUCACCAAAUCCUUGCGGACCAAAUAGCGUCUGUCGGGCGGCUGGGACAGUUGCACACUGCUCUUGCCGCUCGGCAAUGCUAGCGGAGCCGCCAACCUGCCGACCUGAGUGUCGUACUGACACUGAUUGUCCGCCGACCCUCGCCUGUCGCAAUAGUAAAUGCCGUGACCCAUGUCCUGGCUCCUGCGGGACGCAUGCCAUUUGUCAUACUAACUUACAUUCCCCGAUUUGUAGCUGCCCGAACCGUUAUACUGGUGAUCCAUUUACCCGAUGUUUAGAAGUUACAGAUCUGGAACCUGAAAUUAAAUCGCCAUGUCCAAAUUGUGGACCCAAUGCAGAAUGCAUCGAUGGUCAUUGCCAAUGCCAGUCUGGUUACUUUGGCGUUUCUCCAUUCUGUCGUGUUGAAUGCCUUAAAUCUAGUGACUGCGCCUGGAACCUUAUGUGUUUAAAUAGGCAUUGUACUGAUCCUUGUCCUGGAGCAUGCGGUCUUAAUGCUGUUUGUACUGCAGUUGCUCACGAGCCCCACUGUGACUGUCCCCCAUCCACUACUGGAAAUCCUCUUAUAGAAUGUCGACUCAUCGUGAAUAUUCCAAAACUUCCAAAUGACCCAUGCAAUCCAUCUCCUUGUGGACCUGGUGCCAUAUGUCGCACAAGAGGAACGAGCGCGUCUUGCGAGUGCGAGCCAAGCUUACGAGGCGACCCCUAUACGGGAUGCCGGCCAGAGUGUAUCGCAGACUCCGAUUGCUCUCCUAGUCGCGCAUGUAUUCGAUCACAUUGCCGCGACCCCUGUGAGGGUACAUGUGGAAUCGGCGCAGACUGCGAAACUGUGAACCACAUUCCUCUUUGUUCGUGCCCAUCUGGAACAAAAGGAAAUGCAUUUGAAAAAUGUGAUGUCAUAACUUCUGCUCCACCAUGUACGCCAUCCCCAUGCGGUCCAGGAGCAGUUUGCAAUGUGGUCGCUGGAAAUGCAGUAUGCUCUUGCCCCAGUGGUACAAUGGGAGAUGCUGGCAGUUCGGGUUGUCGACCAGAAUGUGUCGUGAGCUCCGAAUGUUCCCGCGAUCGAGCAUGUGUUCGUAACAAAUGUGUAGACCCAUGCGUCGGUUCUUGUGGAAAUGGAGCUAUAUGCCGGGUAUUCGACCAUGCACCAAUAUGUUCAUGUCCUCCUUCUACUACGGGCGAUCCAUUCCUUGAUUGCAGAAUCAAAGACAUACUACCUUCGAGUCCAACAGUAUUCGAUCCAUGCGAUCCAAGCCCUUGUGGGCCACACGGUAUAUGUCGCGAUGGAUUUUGUUCUUAUCCUGAAUGUGUCAUUAAUGAUGAUUGCCCAGGAAAUCUAGCGUGUGUAAAUAGAAAGUGUUCAGACCCUUGCAUAAACGCCUGCGGUAUCAAUGCAAUAUGUACGGGUGUAAGACACUCUGCAGUAUGUUCGUGCCCUGUUGGUUACACCGGAUAUCCGUUUGUACGUUGCGAACAAAUCACCGAUGUCACUGCAGCGCCAUCGGUACCGGAAUGUGCACACGAUGAACAGUGUGCAGACCACGCAGCUUGUGUCGAUUCCAGAUGUACAUCUGUUUGCGUUAUAACAAAUUGUGGUAUAAAUUCUCGAUGUCUAGCAAAACAACACAGAGCCCGUUGCGCUUGCUUACCCGGUUAUGAAGGAGAUGCUUAUACAGGAUGCCAUUCAAUACAAUGCCAUAGCAACAAUGAUUGCCGUGAUGAUGAGGGCUGCGAAGGUGGCUCUUGCGUCAAAGUAUGUGAACGUUUGCGCUGUGGUCUUAAUGCCCAGUGCUACGCACGGGGUCACAUGGCUUCUUGCGAGUGCAUUACUGGAACUCGAGGAGAUCCAUGGACAAGCUGUCGUAGAGACGAAUGUGUUGUGGAUGACGAUUGCCCUAACUGGUUAGCUUGUAAAGGAAAAACUUGUCAGGAUCCAUGUCCUGGAGCUUGUGCAGUUGGUGCUAUGUGUAACGUCGUGCGCCAUAGUCCCACAUGUGAGUGCCCACGUGGUACAAGAGGAAACCCUAAAAUUGAAUGUAAACAAGUACAAGAUCAAGUUGAGUGCAAUAAUGAUGCAGAAUGUGGUCCAGGAUUGGCCUGUUUACAAGGAAACUGCAAAAAUCCAUGUGAACAAACGUCAUGUGGAAUCCGAGCAAUAUGCCGUGUUGCAAAUACGUUACCAUUCCGCACACUUGUGUGUGAAUGCCCUAAACCUUUAACUGGUGAUGCUUCGAUACAAUGCGAUCCUCGGGGACAAUGCAGUAGGGAUACAGAUUGUGGUGAUGAAGAACAUUGUGUGGAACAGCAAUGCAGAAGCGUGUGCGAAGCGGGCGCGUGUGGCGUGGGUGCAGAGUGCCGCGCGCGUUCGCAUAAAGCUCAGUGCGUUUGUACGCCUCAGUUACAAGGAGACCCAACCAUCGCCUGCACACCAAGUGUCUCCGGACCGAUGUGCCUGUCCGACGAAGAGUGCGGUGCGGCUGAGGCGUGUGUCGGGCGACGCUGCGUGUCCGCGUGCGCGGGUGCGUGCGGCGCGGGCGCGCUGUGCGACGCUCGCGCGCACCGCGCCCGCUGCCGCUGCCCGCCCGGUACAGCCGGCGAUCCAGCUCGCUCUUGUUACACGCCGGAAUGUACUUCGGAUGAUAACUGUCCAUUCGAUAAGAGCUGCCUUAAUAACUAUUGCCGCGACCCAUGCGCACUCGGCGGUCCCUGCGGUCGAGAUGCUGUCUGCGAAGUGAUCGCUCAUGUUGCCACUUGCCGCUGUCCACCGGGCACGCAGGGUGAUCCACGUCGGGCUUGCGUUUCAGGAACUUGUCAGUAUAACGAAGAUUGCGACGAUACCCAAAUAUGUAACAGACUCAACCGAUUUUGCCAACCGGCAUGUUCUGAAAAUAGUUGCGCUCCGGGUGCGGUCUGUACCGCCGAACUCCAUCGACCGGUAUGUGAGUGUCUACCGAGUCACAGCGGAGAUCCAUAUAUCCGUGGCUGCAUUCAUAUUCAACCAUCAGAUGAAUGUACUACUGAUUCCGAUUGCGCUCGUCCUCUCGGCUGUGUAAACGCUCGGUGCGUCGAUUUAUGCCAAGGAAAUCCUUGCGAAACAGACCUCAUUUGUAAGCCCGUGGACAUUCUACCCUUGCGCGCCGUGGCGUGCGUGUGCCCCGACGGAGGCCGUGUGGCAUCCGAUACUGGUUGCCGCUCUCCGCCCGAGGCCGAAUGCUCCACAGAUCCUGAAUGCGAGAAGAGUCAAAUUUGUCAACGUGGAAAAUGUAUUGAUGCUUGUAAAGCUUCCCCAUGUGGAUACAACGCCCUCUGUGAAACGAACGACCAUCUGUCACGUUGCACUUGUCCGCCAGGAUACAUUGGAAAUCCGAGAAUAGAAUGUAAUACAGAACCAAGACAACCGUCAAUUUUCGAAUGCUACAAAAAUGAAGAAUGUGGUCCAGAGCAAGCCUGUACCGACCGCACCUGUGUUAACCCAUGUAUAAAUGCAUGUGGAUCUGGCGCUUUGUGCCGUGUCAUCGAUCACGAGCCAAAAUGUUCUUGUCCUGUAGGAUACACAGGCGAUGCUAAAAUACGUUGUACACCACCAUCACAAGACAAAUCUGUUGUACCAGUUGGAUGUAAAGCAAACUCGGAUUGUCCGUUGUCUCAAGCGUGUAUAAACGGAGCUUGCGCUAACCCUUGUCUCUGUGGUACAAACGCUGAAUGUACUGUGAUAAGACACCACCCAGUCUGCUUUUGCGAACCUAAUCACUCUGGAAAUCCGUAUAUCGGAUGUGUUAAAAUUGACUGUACUGCAGAUUCGGAAUGUCAGGACAGUGAAAUAUGUUACAACGGAGCCUGCGUAAAUCCUUGCGUUGUAGAAGCUCCUUGCGCUAUAAGUGCCGAGUGCUAUGGGGAAAGUCAUCGACCUCAAUGUCGUUGCCCUGUUGGAACAAAUGGCAACCCAUACAGUAAAUGUCAAGCAUCUGAAUGUGAAAUCAAUUCGGACUGUAAUGAUGAUAGCGUGUGCCUCAAAGGUUUUUGCCAUAACGCUUGCUCACCUGAUGGACGUAAUCCAUGCGCUUAUAAUGCAAUUUGUUUUGCCCGGAAUCACGCCGCAUCUUGCAAAUGUCCACCAGCACUACCAUCAGGAGACCCUCUAACCCUCUGUGAACGAGCAGUAGUAAUUGGUGAACCCGAAUGCAGAAUGGAUGGAGACUGUCCAAGUGGUCAAGCUUGUCUUAGAGAUGAAUGUCGGGAUGCCUGCGAAGAACUUAAACCAUGCGCGGCAAAUGCGAGAUGUACAGUAUCAAACAGUGUUCCUUUCCGCACUUUGAUAUGCCGUUGCCCAGAAGGUUACAUACCAGAUGAAAGAGGUGCCUGCAAACCAGCACAACUACCACCACUCAGCUGUUCCACUGAUCAGGAUUGUUCCGAUCAGGAAUCAUGUAUCAAUAGAAUUUGUCGAAACCCUUGUAACUGUGGAGAAAACGCAGAAUGCUUCAUUCGUAAUCAUAGACCAGUCUGUUCCUGCCGUGAUGGCUACGAUGGUAACCCUUACCGUCAAUGUCGUAUUGUUGGUUGUCGAUCAAAUUCAGAAUGCGAAUCGCAUGAAUCUUGUGUAAAUGGCAAUUGUAUCAGCCCGUGUUUGUUAAACAACACAUGUGGCCCUAAUGCUGAAUGUUUUGUAGAAAGAUCCCAAUCACUUUGCCGUUGCCAUUCUGGAUUUGAAGGGGAUGCUUAUACUGGCUGUAAUGCCGUUGAAUGCAGAUCAAAUGGGGAUUGCCCUCAUGACAAGCAAUGCCGUAGUCAUAGAUGUAUUAAUCCAUGUGAUAAUGCGAACAUAUGUGGAAAUAACGCGGAAUGCUUAGUUCGUAAUCACAUGGGUGUAUGUAAAUGUAAACAAGGUUAUAUAGGUAGUCCUUAUGUAGAAUGCAGAAUUCAAAAAACAGCAGAAUGUUAUAUAGACGCAGACUGUCCAUCUAGGUUAGCAUGUUUAUCUUCCAAAUGUGUAAAUCCAUGCAUUACUUUACAACCUUGUUCAACACCAGCUCAAUGUGAAGUCUCACCUACAUUGCCGGUUCGCACUAUGAUCUGCUCAUGUCCGCCUGGAUAUGUCAGUAGUGGAAAAGGUAUUUGUCGCCCGGCCAAACCGAUCUUAGAAGUAGCAUGCGAAAUUGAUAAAGACUGUACCUCUAACCACGCUUGUGUUACUUCUGUUUGUAAGAACCCUUGCGAAUGUGGACCAAAUACUGAUUGUCAAAUAAAGGAUCACAAACCAGUAUGCGCCUGCCGGCCAGGUUUUAUAGGCGAUCCUCACACUGGAUGUUACAAUAUUAAGUGUCAAACUGAUAGCCAUUGUAGUGAUGAAGAAACUUGUAUUAAUAAUCGUUGUGUGCCUGCCUGUUCGGUAGAGACUAACGUAUGCGGCAAAGAAGCAGAAUGUUACGGAGCUGAGCAUCGCGCGUCAUGUCGCUGUCAAAUUGGAACCGUUGGUAAUCCACUCUUAUCCUGUUUGCCAAUCAGCUGCCGUGCUAAUUCUGACUGUCCACCAGAAAAAUCAUGCAUUAACUCUAAAUGUGUAGAACCGUGCAUUUCAAACCCCUGUAAUGAACCAGCCGUGUGCCGAGUACAUCAUCACGAAGUGUAUUGUGUUUGCCCACCGGGUUACCAAAGCACUAGUGAAGGCUGCAAUAAAACGGAGUCACGUUGCAAUACUGACUUAGAUUGUCCACCAGCUACUGCGUGUUUGGAUAAUAAAUGCACUAAUCCUUGCCUGGACAAAAAUCCCUGUGGUAUUAACGCCGAAUGCAAACUUAUCGAAACUUUACCAAUAAAAACUAUAACAUGUGAAUGUGACACUGGAUAUAGAGGAAAUGCUCUUAUAGAGUGUACACCCUAUAAAACUCCUGUCACUAAGUGCGUGUCAGGUCAAGGAGUAAACGAGGAGGGCGAAUGCGUGCCGUGCCCCGAGGGAGAAGGUCGCGUCGUGGACGCGCGCGGGCGCUGCGUGUGCGACGCGGCGCGCGGGCUGGCAGCGCGCGGAGGCGCCUGUGCGCCGGCCGGCUGCCGCGCCGACAGCGACUGCGAGGACAGCGCUCGCUGCGUCGACGCCCAGUGUGUCCCGGCGUGCCGCGCGGAGCCGUGCGGCCUUCACGCCACGUGUGAGGCCACCGCUCACCGGUCUCGUUGCACGUGCGUUCCCGGCUACGUGGGCAAUCCUAGAGUAAACUGCGUCAACACUCCAACUACAAACAUAACUUACCGAACCGAUUUCCCUCUGCCAGAUAUGCAGGUACACUGUCUUGCCAAUGGAGUAAGUGUGAGUCUUAAAAUUAAAGAUUUCAAUGGAGUGUUAUAUGUAAAAGGCUACAGCAAGGACGAGCGAUGUCGUCUAGUAGUUCAUACGACUGAAAAUCAAGAAAGACCAGUUGAUUUUACUGUAUUCUUUGGUGAAUGUGGAUUAGUUCACGUUAACGGGCUGGCCAGUUUCGUACUAGUAAUGCAGAAACAUCCAAAACUUGUAACAUCGAAUGCAAAGGCGUUCCAUAUUAAAUGUAUAUAUCAAACCGGAGAGCAAAAUGUAACCCUCGCUUUCAACGUAUCGAUGUUAACAACCGCGGGAACCAUCGCCAACACUGGCCCCCCACCCACAUGCUCCAUGAGAAUAGUUUCUCGCACCGGAGACGAGGUCAGCUCAGCGGAAAUUGGAGAAAACUUAGUAUUGCAAGUCGAUGUUCAACCAUCUAGUAUAUAUGGUGGAUUCGCUCGCAGUUGUAUCGCAAAAACUAGUGAAGUCUCGACGAAUAUAGAAAACGAAUACACUGUUACUGAUGAAGAUGGGUGCGCCACGGACGCCGCCAUCUUCGGCGAAUGGGAAAGAAGCGACGAUGGCAGUGCAUUGCGUGCCGCAUUCAAUGCUUUCAAAUUCCCUAGCAGCGAUAAUAUUAGAUUCCAAUGUAAUAUUCGAGUCUGCUUUGGAAAAUGUCAACCGGUAAAUUGUCGCGGCUCUGACGCUUUCGGAAAGCGCCGCAAACGAGAAACGAUCGACGGUGACGGCCCAAUAGCGGGUCAACUUCGCGAGGAGGUGACGGUAGAGUCAAACGAGAUCUUUACUCUGGAGAGACGAGACCCAUCGCGUGCGGCGCGCCAGCGAGACGGCUCGGGCGCGGAGGCGAGUGGCGCGGCUGGCGAGGUGUGCGUGUCGGCGGCCGGGCUGGCCGUCGCUCUGGCGCUGACCGCGCUGCUAGCGCUCGUGGCGGUAGCGGCAGCCGUGGCGUGCUGGUUAGUAGCGUGGAGACGUGCACGCCCGCCGCCCGCACCUCUACCACAUCCGCCAGACUUCCCGAACCCACUAUUUCAGCGCUAAGCGCCAUCGGGUGCACUAGUCCACGCCCCGCUCCUCCGCCGGCACCGGGCGGUGUCGGUCUUCCUCUCUUCUCUAAUCUGUGCGCGCCGCCGGAGGACCGUCGGGUGAAGACGCCGCGCGCGCCCCCCUCGAGCGUGAGCGGCGUCCCGAG